CUCUGUUAUCGGAUGAGGUCGCAGUCGGUUGUUAUUUUACCGAAAAAUAAAGUUGUCUCGAAAAAUGAGUGCAGCUUAAAACAUCGAACAACACUUCGGUAGUUAUCGACAUCGAACAAGCCGUCAUCGGUAGAACAAAGCCUCGUCAUCGUUUAUAUUUAAAAGACGAUACUGCUAUCGAAAUCGAAUAAAUCGAACUCGGUCGUCAUAGGUAGGAUGAAGAUCUAUCGACCGACUUAGACUGUUAGUUGUAUCUUCGUUGCUCCCUUGAUGUCUCGACGAAACCGACACACCAUAUCCUCUCCCACCCUAUCCUCUCCUAUCUUACACUUACCCUAUGAUCCCAUCAUAUCCUAUCCUAUCGCAUCCUCCGUUCUCAGCCCUUUCCAUCAUUCACAUGAUAUAGUUCCUAAAGAACUGACUCCUCUUUCCUACAGUGACAUCAUCACACCAGCAAAGAUCUUCAUCACUCUUCUCCAAACCAACACGAAUAGAGAGCUUUCAUACGAAAAAUAGAAAAGCAGGAUCUUAUUACGGAUCCUAUCUUAAUAUUCUUCACAAAACAAGUACAAGAUAAGAGAACUAUCCUUUUUCUGGUCGUUGUAUCGGCAACUUCUGUAAAAAGUAUAAGAAUAGCGCUUCAUGCUCAUGCGGAUGUGGAGUAGUGGCGUUUUGGUGCUGUAGAAAUUGAGUAUAAGAGGUCACUCGACCACGUCAUCUGGAAGAACAACAUCACUGUACAACUAUCUACUAGUGCAACUUCUUCAUCCAGUGUGAAGGAGAAGACCACAUCAUCAUCACUGUAUUUGGAUCUUUCAAGUAGCAAGAUCCUCAUCGUCAUCUUUGGAAGUACUGGAACAGGACAACUGGAAGCAUAUUACAAGUGAAGCAUCUUCUUGUGAAGUUGUACAAAGGCGGCUGGAACUAGAUCUCCUACAGGUGGACGACUGGAGCGGGACACAUCUCGUGAAGUAGAAGAGCGGGAAAGAUCGAACAGGACAGCUGCAAACCACUCCUCAAGCGGCAUCUAGAACGGGAUACUACUCCUCAAUCGGCAUCUGCGACGCCUGGUGAAGUAGAAAAACAUAAUCAAAAUGGGGACUUUUGGACUCUUGGUUGGGCGCACAGCGCGCAGUUCAUUCGCUUCUUGGGGAGCUUCCAUCGUGCCCCAUUUGGUUUUUGGUGCGCUGAUCGCGGUGCUGCCUCUCUUGGCAUUCGAAUACUUGGGUAUCAAGGAGGCAGGCUUAGGCUACGGCGGGCUGUUGCUCAUGUUCUUCCUCCCGGCUACGGUUUACCAAUUUUACUGGCUCGGGUUAGGAUACAUAGCAAAAGCAGCGGCAGAUCAAAUUGCAACGGAUAAGGAAGAGCGCAUGUUGGAUGUACUGCGUGUCUUCGGAGCGACGCCAAAGCAGUACUAUUUUGCGCAUGCGAUGACCAUGUUUUUGAUCACGAUGUGGUUCAUGGGAUUCCUUACUGGAGGUGUUGCCCAGGCGACUUUAUGGUAGUCGCAUCAGUGUAGAAACAGUCGUAGAUAUCGGUCGUAGGUAGACUCCCAAGAAGUUAUUGUUAUUAGAUGGAAAGGUCGUGAACCGAUACCGAAAAGCUUAAGUUUGAUGUUGAUGAUAUGACGUUGUAACAAGAAGUUGCCCUCCUCCCUGGUACAUAAGUAUACGAAAAUAUCUGAGAACCAACUUCGACACUUCUCCAUAUUCUAACCCGUGAUUCUUUCGUAUUGGGCCCUCAGCUUUCUCAAGAGUACGCGCAACGUAAGAAUAUAUCGGUUCCAAGCUACUGGAUGGAGACAGCAUUUGGUCCGUUAUUUGCGGCAUUGUUAUGGAUGGUGCUUUUCUUCCCUCUAGAACUAGAUGUAGAUCAGACCAUCGAGGCUCCUGCCCUUGAGAAAUAGUAGACGUUUUUGAUGGGACGAAACGGGAUAGCCGUGAUGGUCUGCCCAGUGAUUAAUAGAUGGAAUACAUAGACACCUUUCAUAAUUGUGCGCAGUUGGGGGAGCUGUUUUCGCGGGGAUUUUCGUCGGAGUGUACGCCAAGGAGCCUGCGAAUGCUUCGAAGCUCCUCACCUCCAAUUUCAUUCUGGCUGGCUUGCUCAGCGUUGUGGCGUUGGUGGCUGUUGAACUUUAUCUGCCAACGCGCACGUCCUGGUAUGGAAUUUGGAUGCAAGGAUUUCAGGACCUACCGCAAGACGACGCAACCACGGGAAAACUAACGCCUUCGGGAGCCUCUUCCCCGCAAGACCGUGACUCGGAUCGGCAGGCAGUCUGGCUCGGAGGCAGAGACUUCCAAAAGUGGGCGCAGGAAGAAGAAGGGGGGAAGAAAUUUCUGCAAGAACAUCCUGAAGGUGGACAGAAUCUCCGUAAACAGGCGAUGGAGACUCAGGUUAAGGCCACCUACUAGUAGGUAGUAUGUAGUAGAUAAGUACUUACCUGACUUUUCUUUUUUCGGUUUUUAUUUUUUCUAGUUAGUAUUAGAUCGAUGGACCGCAAACAUGUAUCCAUCAUCCUCGGAGUCGAGCAGGUGCCGGAGCUCGAUGCGCAGGAUCCACAAACUAACCAAACCUACAACUAGGACUACGAUAGCGCCGGUGCUUAGUUGGUUGUAGCGGAUAAGGAUAUACUCAUACUCGAUGAGUAACCUUUUCCUUUUCUAUUUUUCUCUCGUCUUUGUUUUUUCUAGUGAGGUCUCUCUGCUCCAACACUAGGAUCAGAUCGAUGAGCUACAACUUACUAAGUAAGUAACUAAGAGAAGCACCAGAUGAAGAAAUCUACCACGGAGCAUACAACUUCUGAAGGGUCUUAGAGUAAGAGAAAUAGAAAUCCAUGCAUAAAGACCUGCGUCUUCGAUCUUUCUCCCAAGCUGCAGCGUUGAUUUUUAUCAUCGUAGGUCGAUCGUGCGGCUUGGAGAACUCCAAGUAGCUAAGGGACGAAGAGAACGACGACCAGGAUCACUUGGCUAAACCUACUGUAAUGUUUGUGAAUAUGUAAUACAUCUAGCUUUUCUAAGCUAACCCUAACCUAACGUAUCCUAACCAACCUUAACCAACCUUAACCAACCCUAACCUACCCUAACCUACCCUAGCCUAACCUACCCUAACCUACCCUAGCCUAACCUACCCUAACCUACCCUAACCUACCCUAACCUACCCUAACCUACCCUACCCUAACCUAACCUAACCUACCCUAACCUCCUACUAGUACCCUAACCUACUAGUGCCCUAACCUACUACCCUUACCUACUACCCUUACCUACUACCUAACCUACUACCUAACCUACUACCCUAAUCUACUACCCUAACCUAACCAAGCCUAACCGCUAAGAAUCAGAAAAAUGGCGAUGGUUUUGCGACUCUGGCGAAGCAGAUCAAUUGGCUCAAUGAUCAAGGCGACACACAAGGUUCGCGUUGGGACAGGCUGUUUCUGCUGUACGAGUACAAACGUUAAGGCCCCACGAUUUAAUACUAAUCCAGCAUCUUUAAUCAUACCUUCUAGCGGCCCCGGCCCAUAUUUCUCGUCUCUCCGUCUCUGUGCGGCGCUGUUUUCAAGAAGAAAAACGGGCAUCAGAGUUAGAUGAGGGACAUUUCUGAGGACGCAGAGCUUCACAGAGUUUAGGUGCUGGCAUAUUACUAGCCAGUGUCAGGGUUCAUGGAAUUGGAAUGGAAAAGAUUGAGAUGAGGUGGUCGUUGUGAGUUCUAAAAACGUCGGCCAGAGGCACUGUGGAGCGACGAACCACCGAGCAAGGGCGCCGCUCGAAGAAGCGAAAACAUCGAGGGAUAUCCUUUCAGCGGAGAAGGCUCUGAACCAUUCGAGUACAAUGAGUCUCUCCCUGCUGGCAUGACCCUGUUAAGGCUUACCCCGAAGAUCCAUCUUCUGAAGCAUCUACUACGUAGGCAUGUCCCAUUCAUCCCUUCAGGUUUCCAUAAGGGGAAACAAAAUAGGUCACCCAAGAUGGAUUGUUCGGCUGAGCUCUUCUAACCUUGAAAUACGAAAAGCCGUGUCCUGAGUUUACCCUGUCAAAUUAUGGCCACUAGAUGGUAUAAGCGUCGGAAAUUCAUCAUCUCCCGAAAGGGAGUCCGUGAUCUGAGGGAUGACAGAACGUCGUCUCGCUCUAAUCCAUUACGCUGCUCAACAUGGGUUCAGGUUUCCUGUUUGGCACUCUGGUGCCAGGCGCGUCCUUCCUGCGUGUAAUCUUUCGAGGCUUGGGCUUCGUGUUAAGGCAACAAGUGCUCCUUCAGGGAUAGAGUUCUUCGACGAGUUCAAGACCCCGUCCUUCUUCUUGUAUAUGAAUUUGUUUCAUUUCUACCCUCCAAGUAGAUUUCUCUUAGUUUCCUUCUUGAGAAUGAAGAGAAAACACGUAGAGAGCGCCUGUGAUCGAAUUCAGGUUAAGACCAGUAGAGCCAACAUCCAUGGCACAGAGUGACCAUUUGAGACGCAAGACCACCUUCUUCUCUGGGGAUCACGUCACUUCACUUCUUCUCUAGGGAGGAUCCACGACUUCCCUUCUUCUCUUGGGAUGUUGCCGAAUGUUUGAGGAUCCCUGUCCCUAGAGGAAUGUAGUUUUGAGAAUGUUUUGUUCUUCAAUCAUGAUGAUGAUGAUGAUGAUGUGUUUAUUUGAGGAGCUCUAAUCGUAUGGGUGCGGCAUUCUGGACUCGACGGGAAGCUUGUGUGGAUGUGUGCCAUGGCCAAGACCGAGGAAGAUAAAAAACGGCUUACAGAAGAAGGAGUUUCUUGGAUCUCGCCAGAACUUGCAAAACACCUCUAUGCUCGUAAUUUUUCACAACUAUCGGAUUGUAUCGAUCCCUCAUCAAUGGUUGAUAAGGUUUAUCACAACUUCUACUUAAGUAUGUAUAAUCCCGUGUCUGUGAAGGCAUAUGUGUCCCAUGGUUUAAUAUCCCUACCAUCCUAUGUAGAGGACAAUCUAAGGAAAAUGCUGGUUAGUCGCGUAGAAGUUCGCCUUGGUUGGUUAUCCAAGGGGAAAACUGCUUGAUAAUCAAAGAGGAAACUUCUCAUACUGCUCAACAAGGGAAAUGAAGGAAGCAGUUCUUUACUACUUCUCUACUCGUCACUCGCUCGACCACGGACACAGGUCAAACUGUGGACGGCGAGUCAACUCCUAUCCUGCUACUCUAUCCUCCUGCUACCCUAUCCUAUCCUGUCCUAUCCUGCCCUAUCUGUAUCCGAUCCUAUCCUAUCCUAGCGCUAAGAGCUGCAGGUAGCUGGCAUCCCAGCGCGCGACCUGCAUCCCGGCCGCCACUACACCCAGAUGGGCCGCGACGAUGGACAGGAGAACAAGCAGGACCCCAGGUUUGUGAAGCUUCAGAGUUCGUUUGUCCUCUGGAAGGAUUUUGAGAACGAUCCGAAAAUCAAGCCUCUACUAGCAGAUGCGGUGUAUGAUCCCGCUCUGAUCCAGCGCCACAUUGGCAGAGGCCGUUUCACAGAAGACGGAAAGGAAAUCUCGCUGGGACGAGGCAAUGGACCUGCUUCAAAACGCAAGGACUACUUCGAUCCCGGCUUCGACAUUAAUACGAUGAAAGGACCCUUCUAUGACCAAAGUACCCUUCUAACCUAAGCUAACCCAAAGGAAGAAGUUGUGCUGUACCGUGAUAGAAGAUAGAAGUACUCAUCAAAAGCAAAAAUACGUCGCUACUUCUGAUAAGUGCAUACUGAUACUGCUAGUAUGCGCUAGUAGUACUUUGAGUCUUUGGAAGCUUCCUAGUAGAAGCAGGGAGUUCAAAUAGCGGUAUGAUAUAGUAGGUACUAUAGAAUGCUGCAUAUUCUGUUUCUCCAGCUGCGUGACUAUUUCGCCCGUUCAAGUUAGAGUCAAAAAUCCUCUCAUCUAGUAUCCUUGUGCUUCUAUGUAGUUCACUAGACCUUAAGCUCGACGCAGAAAGCGCCGCCGGUCUAGACUUCUGGCGGCGCAGAGAAUGCCGAACGAGAUCCAGGGGGCUACCCUACGGCGGCCGCAUGCCCAUGCUGGUUGCAUGGCUAAGCUAGCGGCCUGGCCAAGCUGGCCGCUUGGCUGAGCAAGCUGGCCGCCGGGUUCUUUGAGGGACAAAGCUGGGCGGGUGGCUAAGCUGGCCGUAUAAUUCGCCAACCUUUCUGCUUGGCUUGCUAUUUCUGUUGGCUGUAGUGCUCAGCGAGCUGACUGCGUAUGGGUCAGCUGGCUCUGUAUGGCUCAGCUGGCUGCGUAUGGAAUGGCUGGGCUGAUUUCUUAGCUAUGGCUCAGCUGGCUAGCUAUGCCUCAGCCUGCUAGCUGUGGCUCAGCUGGCUAGCUGUGGCGCAGCAGGCUAGCUAUGGCUCGCUCAGCUGACUCGCUGUGGCUCAGCUGGCUAGCUUCGGAUCAGCUAGCUAGCUAUGGCCCAGCGGGCUGGCUGCGUAUGGCUCAGCUGGCUCGGUAUGGCUCAGCUGGCUAGCUUUAGCGCGCCCAGCUGGCUCGUUGUAGGUUAGCUGGCUUGCGGUAGCUCAGCUGGCUCGCGAAAGCCCAGCUGGCUCGCGAUGGCUCAGCUGCCUCGCUAUAGCUCAGCUGGCUCGCUAUGGCUCAGCUGGCUCGCUGUGGCUCGGCUGGCUCGGUAUGAAUCAGCUGGCUCGCGAUGGCUCAGCUGAAUCGCUUUGGCUCAGCUGGCUCGCGAUGACUCAGCUGGCUCGCUAUGGCUCAGCUGGCUCGCUACGGCUCAGCUGGCUCGCUAUGGCACAGGCUCGGCUGGGGCUGGCUGCCGAUGGCUCAGGCUCAGCUGGCUCGCUAUGGCUCAAGCCCAGCUGGCCCGCGAGUCUGUUUGGACUUGGUUGACGGCCAUAUCCAUCCUUCGCACCGCAUGCUAUGAAGUAUGGCAAUGAAGGCGGCGGCGCGUGAAAAGGAAGCUGUACUGUAACGGAUUGAUUGCCAGGCUUGUGGCAGGUGGAGGGGCUUAGGCGUUUGGACUUCACGACCAUCCUUCGCCACCCAACACAUGCCACGAAGCAUGGCCAGAAGGUCCAAAGUGAAACAGAAGCCUUCCGCCUUUAACGGGCCUGCCUCGGCUUUUGGAUUUCACGAGCACGACCAAGCUUGGUGACACGUAUCUGUGCCAAAAGUUUGGUCUUCAUCAAGUCCAAAAGGGAGCGACGUCCUUAAAAGGGCUCUCUUAAGGAUCUCUCUUAUUCUUAAGGAGUCUCUUUAACUAAGGGAGCCCCUUAAGAGAGCACCCUCAACAAGGAGACCUCUUAGACUUAGAGAGGCCCUUCUAAGAGCAUUUUUGUUACAGAAUUGCGGUAAUAGAAGGUCGGUUCGUAUUCUUAUAAGUAGUUGUAAUCAUGAUUGUUUCGAGGAUUUCAUCUCCUCCACGUCCGCUUUUUAUUACAGGUAAAAAGGUUAGAAAAAUGUAGCCACUAUGUCUACGUAGCAAUAGUUAUAGUAAUCGGAUCAAAUCGCAACCUCCUUCCCCUUUGCAACAACCUUCCCUGGGCACUAUCGCAACCUCCCCUGGGAAAUGAAUGAGUGAAUGAUUGAAUGGUGCUGAUUUCUCGAGUUCGUUGUAUCAUCUAUCAUGUCGUGUAGUAUGCCUAGACCCCGGGUUAGUCGGUGCACCUGGCAUCCCUGACUCGAUCGAGGUCCCUGAACUAGAACUAGAACUAGGAAAGUGCCCUUUUUUCUCCUGUCAUGCCUUCCGAAGCUACGAGUGGUGGCGGUAUUACCUUGAACGAAGGAGGGAAUUAUCGACAUUAAGGCUCCACAAAACCUGACCCCACGUGGAUCCCGUUAAAGUACUGCGCUCCUAGUGCCUCGCGGAUUCUCGGGCUGCACUGAGGAAAAUACUGGGGCCGCGAGUAUUUUAACGGGACGGGUCUUUCGACUCACGGAAUGGGUAGUUAAGGGUAGCGCUAAACUGAGACCACGGCUUCACACUGCAAUACCCGUAUUCGAGUGCCCAAUUGCUGAGAGAGAGUCCCGCAGAACUCGCAGCCACGGCUGGCUUUUUCGACGUGAAGCUUCCGGUGCUGAUGGAUUAUCUUAUGACUUUGAUGUUUUUUUUUCUCCCAUUGAUUUACUUAGUUUGUAUGAUGCCACGACUCAUUGAGAGCGAAGCCGAAGAUUAUAUGGGAAUGUUGUUCCUAAGUAAGAAGGGAAAGGGGGGACGGCAUUCCCCUAUCGACCUUCUCAAUGUGUGGAGGCAAUCAUAGUUUGACUUAACAAGAAGACGAGGCCACUCUUUCGCAAACUAUAUUUGUUUAUAUUUUUGAAAUUACAUUGACAAUUUUUUUUAGGAAGGUAGCUUUAAAAGGCUGUGGCUGUGCUCCUCUUCCCUCAGUGCAGUAUUUCGUAAUAUUAUAAUGCAGAAGUUUUAGAUGAUAGUACUGGAUUAGUCAGUCUUUAUCUUUAUUAAUUUCCAAACUUAACAAAAAUCAAUUACGCUCGACCCCGCGAGCGCUUAAUAUUAUUGAUUAUUUUUAAUUACUCUUAGUUACUUCUGCUUGUUAGUUUAUUUUUUUUUACAUAUUCAGUUGGUUUAUCGGAGUUAUAGAACUGGAAGGCUGCCCUUUUCGUCCCCUUGAAGGUGUAAAGCUGAAUAGAGGGAGGCCUGCUCGCUCCUGGUCAUCAUCUGCUACAGAAAGUUAGAGGGGAGAAAAAAAAAACACAUUCUUUCAUACAUGUGGCAGCUGUAUUGAACGUCCUUUUCUGGAUUUCUAUGGUCCUGCUUUACGAUCGCGCACGCAUGAAAGCCGAAACUGGUGUGACGGCAGACGCUGACACUGGGACUGGCAAUAAAGUUUAAGAGAGCAAGCAUAAAAACGGAAAUUAGCUACCGCGACGUCUAGACCACUUCACUAGGUACAACUACAAUCAUAAUUGCCAUUAUCAUCAUCAUUAUCAUCAUCAUCAUCAUCAUCAUCAUCAUCAUCAUCAUCAUCAUCAUCAUCAUCAUGACCAUCAUCAAGAAAGCGCAAGAAGAUAGGGCUAGAGCUAUAACAAGUGGUGGAUGUUGAGUUCUUUUCAAGUCGUCGGCCCUGCUCCGCUAGAGCCCUGUAGUGAUAGUUGUAGAGUGAUAGUUGUAGAGUACUAGUUGUAGAGCUGUCAACGUCAGCUACAAUUUCUGUUCAAGAAGUCGACAUAUGAAGAGUUGGCCUGUUCACUUAUCAACAUUAUCUACUUUCUUCAUCUUCAUUUUCAUCAACGCAUUCACUCUUUUCCAUUAGAAGUAGACCUAGAAUUUUUCUUUGUUGUUUUUUAUCCAAUAGUUAGAAUACCGCGACAAAAAUGAAUUGUUGAAUGUGGAGAUGAAUCAUGUUGAACAUGAUUACCAUUACUUAAGUACUGUGUAGCCAAUGAAUUGAUAUUGAAGUUGAACUACUUUGGUACUUGUAGUUGUACUUCUAAAAAGCGUCUCCUUCUUCUGAAGAUGGAGGGAAGCAGUUCGCACUGGAGCUAAAAGGAUUAACGAAGCGCUAUCAGAAGGGUGGCCGUGAAUUUUUGGCCAAUGACAACGUCUCUUUCUCGGUAAAACUUAAGGCGUGUUCCUACUUAACACUACAUUAAAGAGAAUCGGCAACAUACAAAUAUGAUGUUGAACUUCAACGUAACCUCCUGUAGAAGUGAAAGUAGGUGAGUGUAAUAAAAUUACAUUCCUACAUACACAGAUGUGAUCAUGCAUUCCUACAUACAAAGAUGAACUUCUGCAUACUGUACGAAUACUUCUCACCAUUCACCGCAUGCAAGAAGAUGAAUACCCAUCACUACUUGUAUGCUGCUGCAUACAAGAUGAGUACUUACUUCUCACCAUUCUCAUCUGACACUCAUCUAGUAUCAUCUCUAAAGAUGGAGCAGAAAUAUUUGGUCUGCUAGGCCAUAACGGCGCGGGAAAAACCACACUGCUAUCGCAGAUCACAGGCCUCACGCCAUUGACAGCAGGCGACGCCUUUGUGGCGGGAGAGUCCCUGCGCUCUGGCGAUAUGCGGAAAGUGCAGUCGAGCAUCGCUUUUUGUCCACAAAUUAUGUUGUUGGAAAUUGCAUCUACAACAAAUUUCAUUCCACAGAAUAUGUUGGACAUUUCAUUAUGUGGGCAGCAUCGUUGCUGAGCGGCUAGGCAGUGUAGCUGAGCCCGCUAGUCAGGAGAUCGAGAACAGCGGCAGCCUGGUGACAUGAUACUUCGCACUUUGUUUCGUCAUGCAUAUUAGGACUAGGCAGUAGUAGCAGCAGACCACAACGAGCACACGAUGGGAAAAACGCAGCCAAGCACUGCACGGAAACGGUUAAAAUUGCCCCCAUGCCGUCGCUGGAGUGCUCUGCUUAGCGAUUUCCCCCCCUUGAUUUCUUUCAGGUUCAUACGUCUCCUGCUUUUGUUCUCUGUGUUUCCCCGCGCCCCUCCAGAACCCGCCCCACAAGGUGCCGAACAUGUGCUGGAAGAUUCUGGAGGAGCGCGGGGGUUCUCGUCAUGCCUGAGGCCCUUUGCAGGCGAUGGCUUUUGUGGGGGGGUUUUUGCUGGGGGAGCAGAGUAGGGGGCGACUGUUUUUCGGAUUCUGAUCCUGCCCGGCCAGAUUGCGUAUCGUCUGGGCUUUUGCAGUGUUUAGCUGACUUGUCCCCGUUCGGGCUCCGCUUGUUUUUGGUCAAAUUCUCGCGGCUCUCGUCGUUUGUGAACCCCUUAGGGUAGAUAGGGGGAACACUGUCGAGGAAGGUGCCACCAAGUCUGCCCCGCUCUUUUUGGAAUUGUCUCAAGAGGUGGGCAGGCUCCCCUACUGUGUGCCGCUUCCCCUGGUGCGGGGCCCUUUCUUGAGAAAAAUCGGACGGCUUUGGGGCUCUUAGUUUUUUCGCCAAAAAUUGCCUCGCGUCAGGGAAAGCGGCACACAGUGACAGUAGAGGCAUCUACUCAAAUUGAAACUCGGAAGCCGUUCUACCAAAGGUAGAAGAGAUAGGCACAAACAUGGAAGGCGUCUCCCUUUUGUUGUGGCUUUUUCUUUUUGUGUGUUUGUCUUUUGUCUGGCUCCUUUGUGUAAAAGUAUUGUCAAUGGUGUUGCGUGUUCGCUGUGUCUUCUGUGCUUCCUCAGGUGGUCGGGCGAUUAGGAUACAUGGCGAAAAGCCAGCCAGGCCCAAGCACUGCGCGAAAACGGACCCAAUCGCCUCUAUACCGUCGUGGGGGUGCUCUGCAUGCUCAGCGGUCUUCCCCCCUUGUAUGUUUGAGCUCUUUCUUUCAGGUUCGUCUUCCUGCGUCUGCUGUCUUUGUUCUCUGUGUUCCCCCGCGCCCCUCCAGGGCUCACCACACUAGGCGGCGAACAGGUGCGGGAAGAUUCUGGAGGGGCGCGGGGGUUCUCGUCGUGCCUGCGGUACUUUGCUGGCAAUUCUGGGGGGGGUUUCUGCUGGAGGAGCAGGAAUCGCGGCGACUUUUUUCUUGAUUCUUAUCAUGCCUGGCAAGAUCCUUAUGCCUUAUAUAUGUUCCAGGGGCCAGGGGCCAAAGCCCCCCCGAUCAAUCUAACUUUUUGAGGGGGGGCCACCAGCCCCGGGCCCUUUCCCCGAGGGACUGUCGGGGGGGUGAGGAGGCCUCCAAACGCCAGCUUUCGAGCCCUCCUGGCUUCUUGCAUGUAAGUACUCAACAGAGCCCAAACCGCUGAGGCCGUUCAAGCUCCGACGGCUCUUCACUGGGGGAGCCCCUUGGGGGGUGAUGGGACUCCGGGGGCAGCAGGUGGCAAGGCUUGCCCCCCUUGCCGUGUUGCGUGUACCCUACAGACCUCCACCCGCGUGCGGGCUCCUAAGUGGAGGGGCUUGGCCCUUGUUGCCUCCCCGGAGGGUCAAACAAGGGGCCAGGCCUCGCGACCGUGGCCGCCUUCCCCCGGGGGCUGUCCCUCUUAUAGGAUCAAAGAGAGGGUCGGGACGCCUGUGGGGUACCUACACGCGGAGAGCCGCCAGGGGCCGCCGGCUCCGCCUUUUGCGGACUUCCUCCCCGUGAGUCCUUACACAUCACCACCGCGAAAAAGAGGGGGCGCGGACGCAACCGCCGCUCCAUCCACAGGGGGGAAGCUCGGCCUCCACCUCUGACGCAUAUUCGUAUAAUAAUAUAGGCACAUGCCCAGACAGCGGGCCCAUCAAGGGCCCGCUGCGCUGGGCAUAGGUUAGCACCUAGCAACUAGACAGAUAAGGCAAACGAAGCAAGCCGCUAAGCCAUCAAGCUCGCGACGCGCGGCUGAGUUAGAAUGAGCCAGCACGGAUGCCCGCCAUUGGUAAGCCAGCUGGCUAGCGACUGCUAAGCUAACAAGCUUGAGGGGCUACGCGGGUUAGCUUUGGCGAGGCUGCUAGGUAGCAAGCUGGUCAUGAAUAGGCUAACAGGCUAGCUAUGCCGGGCUAAGCUAUCAGGGUGGCCAUGGCUAGUCUAGCAAGCUGGCAAUGGCUAAGCUAGCGCCAGCGCCAAGAUGGUGCGUUUGCAGGCUAAUAUGGCUAACCUAGCAAGCUUGCAAUGGCUACCAUGCGGCUAGCGCGCUGGCUAUGGCUAAACAGCUAGAAAGCUAGACAAGGCUAAGCAGCUAGCAACCUAGCGAUGGCCAAGCAGCUAGGUAGCGCCCCGGCUAGUAUGGUUAAGCAACCAGUAGCAAGGGAGCUAGCUAAAGCUAUGGCUGAGCAGCUAGCAAGCUGGCUAGGGCCAAGCAGCUCGCAGGCUAGCGAUGGCUAAAUCACUGGCAAGCUUCCCAAUCCCACCUAUGGCGAAACAGCGAGCAGGCUAGCCAUGGCUAAGCAGCUAGCAAUCUAGCUACGGCUAACCUAGGAAGCUAGCAAGCGAGCGAUCUUAUUGCUAUGCUAGCAAGCUUGCUAUGGCUUUAGCUAAGCAGCGAGCUAGCUCGCCAUGGCUACGCUAGCAAGUGGAGGCCCUUAAGAGGAGGCCUUAAGGAAGGGCCUAAUUAUAUUCACCCAAUUUUAUUACAAGGGCCCCCUUAAGGAGCUCCCUUAAGGGUCAUUCUUUCUCUUUGCUCUUAAGGGAGCCCUAUAGUAGAUUUCUAUACUAGAAAUUCUUUUUGGUCUUAAAAUUGCUAACGCUAUAAGUACUAAUAUCGCGGCUGUAUAAAUAAGUACAUUUAAAAUUAAAAUUGGAAACUGGCUACUUGUCUAAUUACCACAAUCCGCUGCUGGGUGGUCGUUUCACGCUGCGUGAGCAUGUGAUGUUUUUUGCUACCUUGCGCGGACUGGAUCAGAAUGAAGCAGCGAAAUCCAUUCAACAAUACGCAAAAGGGUUGGGUAUCCUGGAAAAACUGGAUACGAAUUGCGAGGAACUGUCUGGCGGUCAAAAACGGAGAAUGUGGGUAUUGUGCUUAAGGCUUGUGUGAUUUGUGAUUUCAUGAAUUAAGUAUUCAAAACUCUCUCAGCCACCAUUUUUACCUGGGAGUCGAGCGGGUGCCCGCGGCAGGGCUCGACGUGCAGGAUCCAUAACCUAGGCUAUUUAACACUUUCAUGGAAUGUCAUUAUUGGAUGUUGAUCUGGGGAUAAGAAGCAUGCUCGAGGAGUUCAAAUUAGUUCAGGUAGGCUAAUAGAGGACCAGUUGUAAUGAACUUGAACUCCAAAAAAAUAGCAUAGGAGUCUGUAGGUUGAGGUUCAAAAAGAAGUUGACUACAACUGUAUCAGUAUCUCGAUCUUUUUUACUUGGUCUUCGUGGUAAGUUUCUCCCGUUCUCCGCUGCGCACUGGGAUAGUAGAGCGGUGAAAAAUAGUUGUCUUGCUUGGGCAAGCAGGCAGUUCAAAGAUGAAACCUCUUCUAAGGCGUGCCUUUCUGGGGGAAGCGCCUCUGAUCCUUCUUGACGAGCCCACGAGUGGAAUGGACCCACAGGCGCGAAGAGAUUUCUGGUUCAUGCUGAAGGAGAUGGCAAGAACACAGAAACGAGCUGUCGUUUUCUCUACCCACUAUUAAGGCUUCUAGAACCGCUAAGCAAUGUCAUUUACUGACGAAAGUAGCAUCUCUGGCUGAGGCUACCACGAAAGUAAGCAUCUUUAACCUUAGCUCCUGCGCCAUCUCUCACUGAGGACUGUGGCUGGAUCUCACAGUGACAACGAUGAAAAAUAUUCUAACACUACCUGGAAGAAGCAGAUAUGUUGGCAGAUCGCAAGGUGAUUCUCGCAGCAGGGCAAGUGAAAGCGUUGGGCACAUCUCACGAACUCAAGCGUGAAUAUGGAGCUGGGUACUUUAGCUUUUUUAAGGAUUUUGAUUUUCAAUGAUUAUACUCGUAAUUAUCUGGAUUUGUUGUAGGUGCUCGUACACCUACAAACAAAACGACCAGGGAGUUGUUGUAGGUGCUCCAUAGGAUGAUGAUUCACGAGCGAUCCUAAAAAUUUUCAAAAACUCAAAUUAAUAAUAGGUAUUGGAUCAACGCUUCGAUUGAUGCGAGUAAGAGUGGUCUCACAGAGGAGCAGGCACGCGCGAACUUGGCAAAGAUGGGCACCGAGGUUAUUGCACCCAUGAUCCCGGAAAUGAAGACGAAAAACCCGAAAGUCAAUGCUUACUUUCUGUCCUACAGUUAAGACAUAAGAAAAGAAACUCAAGUACUUAGUUAUAGUUGUGACAGACUCCGCUUCCGCAACAUGUUGGCUAGUUGUAUCGAGUCGCGGCCACAACACAUCUUCACAUGGCGCUCUAGUCGUUUGGAUUUUUCAAGAAACUUCUCGAGAGCAUCCUCUGUCAUGAGUAUCGUAAGCACUUAAGUAGAGAGCUACAGAGUAAUUUCCUUAUACAUAGAAUUGUGCAGCAGGAUUCAUGAUAACCUCCUAUAGCCGAACCAUGCAGACGAGGAUAAAGAAAAUUGGUCAAAAACUGUGCGAGAUUAAUUGUAUUGUACUGUUGGAAGCUAGGGCCUUCUAUGACUUGAACCGCUCGACGUCGUGAUCAUCUGGUUCAAUCUCACGCUUAGAGUAACUACGUUAUAAUAUUGGAUAAACAGAAACUAGUAAGUGUUUGACCUUGCAUCAUCUAAUAUAGUGUUCCCUGGGAUGCUGUGUCCACCCUUCCCGCAGUCCUAGACAAAGUCGACGCGAAAAUUUCAGACUACAGUUAAGGCUCACCGUACUUCAUCUCCAAACGCAUCUUGGGCCUCUUUUUUAAGGGAAAAAGGCGCCAAAAAUGCACUUCAAGAUGAAUAUCGGUACGGUCUAAUACAAAGUCGCAAAUUACUCUGUGGAAAUGACCACGCUGGAGGAAGUUUUCCUCCGAAUCGGCCACGAGAGCGAGCUCGAACAGGGACAUGCGGUUAUGGCAUAGAAGUGUGCUCGACCCGCCUUAACCUGACCUGGCGUAGCCUUGUAGAUAUAGUAUGUUCGGCCCUUAGCAUAGUCGUCUGCGCUCACCUCUCUGCAGGCGAGCCGAUUCCUAUCUUAUCCUAUCUUUAUGGGAAGGAUCCCGUCUUACCUAUUUCCUUUACCAAACUACCUACUCGAAACCUCAAAGUACUAAGCAAGUAAAUUUAAGAACAGCGCGAAGUAGCGAGCAGCGGGUCCGGCGUCUUGUUUCAGAUCAUUUGUGAUUGUGAAGGUGAGGACAAGAGUUUCGUAUUACAUGCCAGUCAGUGUCAGGAUGAGACCCAGCGUGAUCUUGCUAGUUUUUUCGCUGUCGCAUAAAUUUUGUCAUUACUAUUUUUUGCACUACUGCUAGCUUAUCACAAUACCCCCACAUCGAACAUUGUUCUAAUAUCGAAGUGACCGAGGAACAGCGUGAGAGGGACAUUGCCGUGGGGCGUCUGCCGUUGCGACCAAGGCAACGGACUUUUGGCGGAGAGGUUUCGGCAGUGUGGCAUCUGCGCAUGUCCCAAGUUUCUUGGACUAGCUUCAUUUUUUUAUGAGACAAUGUUGCAUCUGACUAUCCCUAUACAUAGUGGACAGACACUGCCGGAACUGUUUUGUCCCGCCAUCAGCCUAGUAAAAGAAACUAAUCGGGACACCAUGACGAUGAUGAUGACGUUAGUAAGUAACAAUUUUGAUUGACUCGCGUUUUCAAAUGAGUGUUGGCUUGAGAUUAAGUUGUAGGAUAACUAAAUGGAAGUGGGACACCUUGACGAAGAUGUUCCUGAUAGAUUACUUUUCUUUGCUUUUUCCUUCUGGUUAGACAGUGACCAUCUAGGGCGCAUUGAUGAUGAAGAAGGUAGAGGCACGAGGACCGCGGGGUGUGUUACUGCUGAGCAAACAUGUAAGUAGGUAAUAAAGCCAGUGGUCGACUAUCACUACCUUCUCCAUAAAAGUUUGCUCUUGCGCAUCCAUAUGCAUAACUGACUCAUCUUCAUCAAUAAAGGUAAAGAACUAAGCUGUUUCUUUUUUAUUUUAUCAAGAACUACAUGUUGUCUAUGGGCGAGCAGCCUGGUAGGGGAGUCUUCUGCCGUCAUCUAUUUCCGCACAAGUCGCCGGCCUUGUCGCUGGGCAUUUGUAACAAGUAUGCCCAGCAAGGAGCGUGGCGCACUAGCUUCCUGGCACUUGUUCCGCCCCGAGAUGGAGAGGGCGAUAAACUCGCUUCGCCCUGGCCGUGCCGUUCGACGCGCUCCCCCGCGAGUUCGCUUUUUUUUUCUGGCGUGAUGCUUACAUUGAUUUUUUGGCCUUUUUUUUCCGGCGGGGCUGUCUAUUCUGGUGUCUUGGUCUGGCGAGCUUGUUUUAGAAUUCCUUCUCUGUCGGGCAUGCUUCAGGGGUCUUGCUCUGGCGGAGUUGUUUCAAAGGUCGGGGUCUGGUGGGGUUGUUUCAGCAGUCUUGUCCCUGCGGGUCUGUUUCGGGGGUCUGGUUCUGGCGGGUCUUUUCCGCGGGUCUUGUUCCUUCUGGCGGGGCUGUUUCAGGAGCUUUGCCCUGGCGGGGCAGUUUCAGAAGUCUUGUCCUGGCGGAGUUGUUUCAGGAGUCUCGUUCGGAUGGGGCUGCUCAGCUGAGCGGUUUUGGCGUGGCUGCUUUCGAUGGGCUGCGCUUGCGGGGCUGUUUCGGAUCGGGUCAGCUGCUCUGGCGAGACUGUUUCCGAUGAGCUGCUCUGGCGGGGCUGUUUCAGAGGUCUUAUCUUGGCGGGGCUGUUUCAGAUGGUCUGCUGUGGCGAGGCUGUUUCAGCUGGGCUGUUCUGGCGGGGUUGUUUCUGAUGAGCUGCUCGAGCGAGGCUGUUUCAGCUGAGCCGCUCGGGCUGGCUUGUUUCAGAGGUCUUGCCCUGGCGGGCUUGUUCCAGAUGUCUUUUUCUGGGCAGGCUGUAGCUUCGGGAAACUUGUCCUGGGCAGUCUGUUUCAGAACCUUUGCGCUUGUUCUGGGCAGGCUGUUGCAGCGCCUUGGUUCUCGGCAGGGUUCAAAAAGCAAAGUUCUCGGUCAUUAUUAUACCCUGACUUCCACUUCUACUCCUUUCAGAUUUUAUAACUAUAAGUAUGUGGCCCUUCUACUCCGAGAUGUUAACAUGGACUGCUCUAAUUUUUCCUACGUUGAUGCUUGGAGUUGCUGUCUGGUAUCCCGUGUAUUUAUAUUCGGAAUCUAAACGGGUCUCGGAGGAGGUAAAAAGCCUGAUGUUAUGGUCAACACUAGUAUGAUAUUUUGAAGAGCAACAUUGAUUCAUAUUUUUUUUCAUCAACUAUAUAUAUUCGGUACUCAGCAUCAUCUCUUUGGUAUUUUUGUCCUUGUUUUGUUGCUAUAAUCAUUAAAUAUGCAGCUACUUUUCUUAAUCAUCUACGACUACGACUUGUUCUUGGGUAGUACUAAUAAAAAUGAUCUUUGUUCUCAUAUAUAAAUAUAUCUGAAUGUUGUGGAUUACUAGAUGUUUGUAGUUCUAGAAUAGAAGUCAAUCUCAAUUCAUACAUCUUCUUAUUGAAUCUGUGUCCUUUUGUAAUUGUUUCCGUAGAGGAGUACCGCGAUCAUGGAUGAAGAGGCUAUAGCUGAGUGGUGGAUGAGAAGAUUACCCAAGGACCGCCGGUGACUUGGUAGAUCACACAUGGGACACAUGACAUGGCAGCGCGCUCACUCUAAUGAAAGCAAUAGGAAAGAAACUGGCUAAGGAGGCUGACGAGGGGACUAUUGGAAACUCGGAAGCAAUGAAAAAGCUUCAAAAUUUGGAGGAAGAAGUUGGACAGCUUUUUGUCAUAUUGGGUACCAAAUUCACGAUGUUUUUUGGCUCACUACUGGGCCUACUGAUUAGGGCUCGCUUGCAGUAAUCCAUCUUAAGAAGCAUCUUUGACCCCUUUUCUAAGGCGAAAACGCGUCCAAGAUGCUCUUAAAGGUGAACUACAUACGUAAGGUCUAAACUGAGCGCCUUCCUGCUAUUGAUUCCCAUGAGCAUGAUCACGGGUGUGAUUCGCCCGGAAGUUAGUGAGCUUGGUGUCCUGCCACAUGCUCAACGACACGGCCUUCGCAGAUUUGCGUACCACGUUGGCAACUUCUUUUAAGGCUACUAUGCAUAAGUGCCAUGAACUUGGGUUAUUAUUGAUAAGUAUCUAAGUAAAGUACUUCGGCACCUGCGAUUUCUAGAUGUAUUUGUAAUCAGAUAAUAUACUCCCCGGGCCGGGGUGCCCCGGGAGACGUCAAGGAAGGGAAAGCGAUACUCUAGGGACUUGGACGAGGGUGAAUGGUUUCACAAGGUGAAAUGAGCGCCCGAAGGGCGCGCACUCCCUCCCGCGCAGCGGCAAAGGGAAGCGGGAGCGCGCUGUCUCGUUCGUGGCUCUGUGUCUGGGCUAUAGCGAACAACAAGGACAGAGGGAAGCGGUGGAGGCCCGCGAGGGUUUCCCGAAAGUGAUAGCGAAAAAGACGGAGGCCCGCGAGGGUCGUCCGCAAGUUGUAGCGAAAAAAGGGGGGCCCCGUUCGCACGUAGAUGGUAGCAAGAACAAGCAACCACGAGGCGCCGGCGGGCAGUUAAACACGCACCACCGCGGGCACCAUUUUCAACGCGUUGGCCGUAGUUGGCGCGGGUGUCCGUGGGUUUUUCUCUCCUUCUCUCUUUUUGUCUUGUUCGUGGCCUUGUGUCCGAACUAUAGCGAACAGCAACAGCAAAGGAAAGCGGAGGCCCGCGAGGAUUUCCCGAAAGUAAUAGCGAAAAAAACGGGGGGCCCCGUUCGCAAGACGGUAGCAAGAACAAGCAACCAGGAGGCGCCGGCGGGCAGUUAAACGCACACCGCCACGGGCACCAUUUUCAACGCGUUGGCCGUAGCUGGCGCGGGUUCGCGGCUUUUUCUUGUCUUCUCCCUCUCUGUCGUGUUCGUGGCCGCCUCGUGUCUGAACUAUAGCGGGCAACAAAACCAAAAGGAAACGGAGGCCCGCGAGGGUCGUCCGCAAAUUAUAGCGAAAGAAGGGGGGCCGCGUUCCCAAGAUGGCAGCAAGAACAAACAACCAAGAGGCGCCGGCGGGCAGUUAAACACGCACCACCACGGGCACCAUUUUCAACGCGUUGGCCGUAGUUGGCGCGGGUGUCCGUAAAUUUUUCUCUUCUUCUCUCUUUUUGUCUUGUUCGUGGCCGUGUGUCUGAACUAUAGCGAACAGCAGCAACAAAGGAAAGCGGAGGCCCGCGAGGGUUUCCCGAAAUCAAUAGCGAAAAAAACGGAGGCCCGCGAGGGUCGUCUGAGAAUUUUAGUGGAAAAAAGGGGACCCCGCUCCCAUAGUAAGAACAAGCAACCAGGAGGCGCCGGCGGGCAGUUAAACACGCACCACCACGGGCAGCAUUUUCAACGCGUUGGCCGUCGUUGGCGCGGGUGUUCGCGGUUUUUUUUUUCUUCUUUUCCCUCUCUGUCCCGUUCGUGGCUCUGUGUCUGAGCUAGAGCGAACAACAAGAACAAAGGAAAGCGGAGGCCCGCGAGGGUUUCCCAAGAGUGACAAUAGCGAAAAAAGCGGAGGCUUGCGAGGGCCGUCCGCAAGUUGUAGCGAAAAAAGGGGGACCCCGUUCGCAAGAUGGUAGCAAGAACAAGCAGCCAGGAGUUGGAGACCGCCGCGACGAUGUGAAAGACGUGCGCGAAAUCUUUGCGAAAAGUUGCCGGGGGCGGGCUGGUCUUCGUUGUCUCUUUGCUUGAAAGGCCAAACCAGGCGCCGAAGCGCCUGGCGCUGCUUUUCGUUUGUUCUGUGUUUCGUCGUUGGUGGCAGCCCCGGCGCUGGUUCGCUGUGGACCGCUCGCAUGCCGCUGGCAUCGGCGCCGCCCCAGGUGCAGGCGUGGCGCGGUUGUGUGAGCCCCCUGAAGCGUAGGACACCGGGGCGGAGGACAGGGGAAACGCAGGCGGGGGAGCAGUGUCACCAGAAGCCGGCGGCGGCCAUCUUUCCCCGCUUGAACACCUCCGGCGGCUUCCCGUCUCUUCUGUCACUUUAGAAUAAAAAAAAAUCUUCGCGAAAAGUUCGCGAAAUCUUUGAAAAAUCUUCGCGGAAUCUUUCCGAAAAGAUAAACGCACGAAGUUCCAACCUGGUCAAGACUUGCAAACUUUCCGCAAACAUUUCGCGAAGAUUCUGAAGCUUUCGCCUUCCAUGUUUUUUUGAUGAAGACACGAAAAUGAACCGCCAAGAACAAACUCGCGACAAAUUGCAGCGGGAGCGCAUAAGACUCCGCGUCUUCUGUGUCUGCUUUGUGUGGUCUUUCUGUUUCUCUCUCCAGAGCUGUGCAGCCUUUUAGGCUGUGCAUUUGUUUGGAAAUUUGUCAGGCGGCUGCGUCGCAGGCUGGCUCGUUGGCUUGUGGUGCUCUCAGUGCAGUGACCGGGCUGGUCGUGUCACGUGUGUUGGUUCUGUCGGCUUUGCUUUCAGAGGCUUAGCAGACGCCGCGUGAAGUGGACAGGCGUGAUAGCGGCGCGCGUGAGCCCGGGGAACUUUUCGCCAAGGUUCAUCGCCGUCGGCAGUCUUCGGGCGCGGCGGUCUCUAACAGGAGGCGCCGGCGGGCAGUUAAACACGCACCACCACGGGCACCAUUUUCAACGCGUUGGCCGUAGCUGGCGCGGGUGUUCGUGGGUUCUUCUCUUCUUCGCUCUUUUUGUCUUGUUCGUGGCCUUGUGUCUGAACGAUAGCGAACAGCAGCAACAAAGGAAAGCGGAGGGAGGCCCGCGAGGGUUUCCUGAAAGUGAUAGCGAAAAAAACGGAGGCUCGCGAGGGUCGUCCGCAAGUUGUAGCAAAAAACGGGGGGCCCCGUUGGUUCGCAAGACGGUAGCAAGGACAAGCAACCGCGAGGCGCCGGCGGGCAGUUAAACACGCACCACCACGGGCACCACUUUCAACGCGUUGGCCGUAGUUGGCGAUGGCGCGGGUGUUCGUGGGUUUUUCUCUUCUUCUCCCUCUCUGUCGUGUUCGUGGCCGCCUCGUGUCUGAACUAUAGCGGACAACAAAACCAAAGGGAACGAAACGGAGACCCGCGAGGGCCGCCCGCAAAUUAUAGCGAAAGGGGGGGGGCCGUGUUCCCAAGAUGGUAGCAAGAACAAACAACCAAGAGGCGCCGGUGGGCAGUUAAGCACGUGCCACCACGGGCGCCAUUUUCAACGCGUUGGCCAUAGCUGGCGCGGGUGUUCGUGGUUUUUUUCUUCUUUUCUCCCUCUCUGUCCCGUCCGUGGCCUUGCGUCCGAACUCUGGCGAACAAAAAGAACAAAGGGAAGCGGAGGCCUGCGAGGGUCGUCGGUGAAUUAUAGCGAAAAACGGGGGGCCCCGUCCCCAGGAUGGAGGUAGCAAGAACAAGCAACCAGGAGGCGCCGGCGGGCAGUUAAACACGCACCACCACAGGCACCACCUUCAACGCGUCGGCCAUAGUUGGCGCGGGUGUUCGUGGUUCUUUCUUCACUCCUUGCUUUGUCUGUGGUCGCCUCAUGUCUGAACCAUAGCGAACAGCAAGAACAAUCAAAGGAAAACGGAGGCCCGCGAGGGCUUUCCGAAAAUGAUAGCGAAAAAAGGGGGGCCCACCCCGUUCCUAAGAUGGUAGCAAGAGGAGAGCAGGCAACCAAGCGCCAGCGGGCAGCUAAAUGCGCAAAGCCACAGGGGCCGCCUUCAGCGCGUUGCCCAUAGUUGGCGCGGUUGUUCGUGGUUUUUUCUCCUCUUCUCUCUCUCUGUCCCGUUCGUGGCUCCGUGUCUGGACGCUAGCGAGCAAGUGAACGAAUGAAAAAGGAGGCCCGCGAGGACGUCCCGAAGGAAGGCGAUAGCGAAAAAGGCGGAGGCUGCUGCUGUUGAGUGAUAGCGAAAAAAGCGGACGCUGCUGCUGUUGUUGUUGUGUUGUUGUUGUGUUGUUGUUGUGUUGUUGUUGUGUUGUUGUUGUGUUGUUGUUGUGUUGUUGUUGUGUUGUUGUUGUGUUGUUGUUGUGUUGUUGUUGUGUUGUUGUUGUGUUGUUGUUGUGUUGUUGUUGUGUUGUUGUUGUGUUGUUGUUGUGUUGUUGUUGUGUUGUUGUUGUGUUGUUGUUGUGUUGUUGUUGUGUUGUUGUUGUGUUGUUGUUGUGUUGUUGUUGUGUUGUUGUUGUGUUGUUGUUGUGUUGUUGUUGUGUUGUUGUUGUGUUGUUGUUGUGUUGUUGUUGUGUUGUUGUUGUGUUGUUGUUGUGUUGUUGUUGUGUUGUUGUUGUGUUGUUGUUGUGUUGUUGUUGUGUUGUUGUUGUGUUGUUGUUGUGUUGUUGUUGUGUUGUUGUUGUGUUGUUGUUGUGUUGUUGUUGUGUUGUUGUUGUGUUGUUGUUGUGUUGUUGUUGUGUUGUUGUUGUGUUGUUGUUGUGUUGUUGUUGUGUUGUUGUUGUGUUGUUGUUGUGUUGUUGUUGUGUUGUUGUUGUGUUGUUGUUGUGUUGUUGUUGUGUUGUUGUUGUGUUGUUGUUGUGUUGUUGUUGUGUUGUUGUUGUGUUGUUGUUGUGUUGUUGUUGUGUUGUUGUUGUGUUGUUGUUGUGUUGUUGUUGUGUUGUUGUUGUGUUGUUGUUGUGUUGUUGUUGUGUUGUUGUUGUGUUGUUGUUGUGUUGUUGUUGUGUUGUUGUUGUGUUGUUGUUGUGUUGUUGUUGUGUUGUUGUUGUGUUGUUGUUGUGUUGUUGUUGUGUUGUUGUUGUGUUGUUGUUGUGUUGUUGUUGUGUUGUUGUUGUGUUGUUGUUGUGUUGUUGUUGUGUUGUUGUUGUGUUGUUGUUGUGUUGUUGUUGUGUUGUUGUUGUGUUGUUGUUGUGUUGUUGUUGUGUUGUUGUUGUGUUGUUGUUGUGUUGUUGUUGUGUUGUUGUUGUGUUGUUGUUGUGUUGUUGUUGUGUUGUUGUUGUUGUUGUUGUUGUUGUGUUGUUGUUGUUGUUGUUGUUGUGUUGUUGUUGUGUUGUUGUUGUUGUGUUGUUGUUGUGUUGUAAGCGAGAGGGGCUUCGCUUCUUCUGCUAGUCAAGAACUGCAGAGGUCUGAAGCGUCGCGGGACUUAAGUAAGCCCCAACCCUAUAAAGGAAAGAAGGAGGGCGCCAAGGUUUGGCUGCAGCACAGCUCGAAGCGAAGGCCGAGGAUGGUCAGUGAAGUUCUAUCAAGUUGCGUCUUGAAUACGCAGAGAGAAAGCGCAGAAAGUCACAACGGUAGCCAAAGGGUCUAGCACAGGAAGAACACAGCCGCCAGAGUUAACGGACAGAAGUGGAGGCUGCGCGUAGGCGGUCAGGGCUCUCGUCGUUUAGUAGUGGCCAGAUGUAUUACAGACAGAACUUGGCGCUUUCACUUUGUGCCGAGCCUCCUCACCCAUGGAAGUGAUCUGAUGUGGUCAACUUUACAUCGUUACCAUUAGCGACUUCCUUCGUGAUCAGCUUUGCAUCGUUAUCGUUAGCGACUUCCUUCGCCGCAGUUUUAAUAAAAUUUGCUAACCUUGGCCAUGGCUGUAUCUUACUAGUAUUCUAGGGCUUAAGCUGCGUUUCGCUUUAUUUAACAAGAACAAGACACAAAACCUCUAAGAGGGUUGAGGAUAAUACUGGGACGCUUGUAGUUCUAUUAGAAUACAAAAGAAGAGCUAGCUUGUAAGCUGAUUCGAGAGGCGCUCUGUUUAUACUGCUAGCCUAGUGCACUUCCCGCCACGCGCAGUGCCUCCCUUUUGGUAUCAUGCCUAUGGGUGCCGGUUCGUUAUCAUGUUCUUGCACGUAUUACAUUCCUAACCACUUUCCUUAUUACUUGAUAUUCCUUCCUCGUCAAAGAGUCUCGGACCUUUUCCAUUGGCCUGCGAGGAUAGUUGCGAACGUACGUCGCGACGAAGGUAAAAGGUGACGGAUGUGCCGCUUGAAAUGAAUUCAAAAGAAAGCCAAGACAAUCAAGGGCGGCAAGACAUUACACACAUGACAGGACAGCGCUGACCAAUAAUCUAUAGAGCUGCACGGAAAUGAGGACUGGACCCCCAUAGCAUGCCAUGGCUGUCCGUGGAGUUAAUUUCUGGAGGUCUUUAAAGCUAAGAACUUCGUGAGAGUUGUACCCCCCACAGGUGUGAGGUUGCUCCUCACUAGUAAGGACUGCCAGCACAUAGGCGAGGCCGAUGGUGUGCUGGCUGUCUUUUUAAUUUAGGGAGAACGAAGAGAAAGAAAAAAGCGCGACGACUUGGCUAAGAUUUUUGGACCAAAUUCCAUGGAUUCGCUAUGACAACCCGCACACUCGUGAAAGUGGUCCGCCACGUCUCUGGUUCAGAAAAUAAGCAGAAGCAUGCGCGCAACUUCAGAAAAUAAACAGAAAAAGACUGCAACUAGAUGGGCUUGCGUCGAUGUGUAAGACUCUCUACAAUUCAAAGAAGACGAACCAGAUUGGCCUGGGCUCAGUUAGUCUCCUGCCUAUCUUCGCAAUUGGCUCCAGCAGCUUAGGCCGCUGCUUCGCGAGCGGCGCUUCGUUCAUGGUAGGCGGCUUCGAUCUUCUUGGUGGCAGCGAGUAUAUCCCUGCGCGUUAGAUUGUGCGCCAUGGUCGUCCGCCUCUCAUGUUCCACGCGGCGGCGGGCGGACAGCGUGGGACUUGGGUGUCAGCAGCUCGGGCGAAGUGCCUCACUUGGGUCAGUAGUAAUUCCGAGAGGACGGCGGCCGCUGCGCCUUUCUCCUCCAAUGGUUUCCACCAUCUCUCACCUUUGGGGAGAAGGGGAGUGCCGAGAAGGAGGCCAAUCAUUUCCGUUUUUCCGUCGACACCGCGCGGCCGCAAAUUGACACGCGCCCGGGCGAGGGUCUCCAGCUCCGCCCGGGUCUUCGUCUUAAGCUCCACCCCCGAGAUCAGGGGCGGCACGUUCUUCACGUCCGUGGGGUCGUCCACUGCUUCAACCCUCUCCGCGUGCGGCUUCGUCUUUGGCACACCCUCGCCGUGCUUGAUCGUCGUCCAGGCUCUGGGCGGUGGCAGUGGUUUGGCCUUCCCAGCCGCGUGCUUGAUCAUGCACUGCACAGCCUUUGCCGUUUUUUCAUUUCGGUCGACCCGUGUGGUAAACAAAAACGCCCUGUCGUGGAAGCGUCGCGCCGCAUCCCGGUACCUGACGGGACCCAUGAAUGUGCUUCGUGUGGAGGGCACCAUACUCGGCGACACACUGCCAGGAGUUGUCGGUGCACUGGGUUCCGAGUUCUACCUGGUUCUUCAUAUCGUAAGCCCAGAAAACACCGCCCGAGUGAUUUGCCGGGUCGGUGAUGUUGAUAGCCCAGCUGGAAAUUGGGGGACUUGAAGUGCAUCGCAUGGCUAUCCGGGAAGAGGUCCGGGCGGUUCCACUUCUGCAAUUUGGAGACGUUUGGGUAUACGCACUGCUGCCAGGCAGAAUGCGCGAUGGCCAUGCUCCCCUUGCCUCUCAUCUCCGAGAGCUCAUAACAAUAAGGUCCCAGGCUGCCCCGUUGCAGGGUUCCGAUCGCGAGGAGCUGGCGGCACUGUGCGCCCUCGCCAGUCUUGCCGACGAGGUACUCGGUCGUCGGCCUCGGUUUCGACAGUUCUCCCCACCUCAAGAAGCAGCGCGGACGACUGCAGCCGGCUCACCUGCUCGCGCGCCAGGGCCUCCUCCAUCCGGUUCACCACCGUGCCAGCCCGCUUCCUGUCUAGGCUGAGGAAGCCUGCGGAGUCAUGGUUGGAGCGUUUCGCCACCCGGUUCAAAAUGAUCCCCACAGCAGAACGAGGGCAGACAGCACCUCGCGAGUUCUGCGCCGAUCCGGUCACAGCGGAAAUCCCAGGAGGCAGCAAACCUGUUAGAAAGAACCGCCACGAGGUUCCUAGACUCUCGACCCGUUUCCUAUUCGUUUCCGAGUCCGAAACUGUUCCAGGGUGGUGAGUGAAAUCACACAGCUACCCGCCGCGCCUGGCCGGCCCGGAGCGAGGCCCUGCCAACGCGAGAGGGUUGGGAGCGAAAUCACGCACCCCCCAGCCGCGCCUGGAGGCCCUGCCAGCGCGAGAGGGUGGAGCAAUCCCCGGACCAUCUUCCGACGACAUUCAGGCACUCGGGUGGUCAGCCCGAACCGUUUCACACCAACCCCAACCGCCUCGGAUAAAGGUCCAGGACUUUCCACAUAAAGACAGCAAGGCGAGAACGACCGCAAGCACUUGGGUGGUCACUACCUAGCCCGCGCGUAGUUUUUCACCCAACACAGGACACGGAGCAAGCCGACGACACUGAGGAGCAGAAGACACCGAAACAGAAGGCAUGGAGAAGGCGGACAACACUGAGGAGCAGAAAACACCAAAACAGAGGACGCGGAGGAGGCUGACGACACUGAGGAGCAGAAGACGCCAAAACUGAAGACACGGGACGGAGAAGGCUGACGACACAGAGGAGCAGAAGACACCAAAACAGAAGACAUGGAGAAGGCUGACGACACUUGGGAGCAGAAGACCCCAAAACAGAAGACACGGAGAAGGCUGACGAGACUGAGGAGCAGAAGACACCAAAACAGAAGACAGCACACCCGAGCCGAGGGGGGUAGCGUCUUCAGCGCCCUCAGCGUCCUCAGCGUCCUCCAGAUUCUCGGGCGCGAAGGGGGCAGGCACCUCACUAACAAAUACACGAAACAGGCCGGCCUUACGAGUUGCGCGCCCCUCGCCCCGUUGGUGCUGUUGUUGCCGUUGUUGCUGUUGUUCCCGUUGUUGUUGGCACCCACGAGAAUAAGGAAACUCGGAGCGUUUUCUAGCGGUGUUUAGGUAGUAAAAAAAUGCACCAAAAUCCACUACAACAAUCCGGAGACAGGGGUAGAAACUGAGAAAAAAGGAGGGCAAAAGAGGCACAAAACCGAGGGAACACCAUGCAGAUGAAUCGAGAACCAAAUCCACCGAAUCGAGAACCGAGGCCAGGCAUGGAGAUGCAUAGUAGAGGACAGCUGAAAACGUGUGCGCUCUGAAUCGAGAACCGAGCCCAGGCGUGGAGAUGUAUAAGAGAGGGCAACCCAAUAUAUCUGCGCUCUGAAUCGAGAACCGAGUCCAGGCAUGGAGAUGCAUAAUAGCGGACUACUCAGUAUCGGUGUGCCCUGAAUCGAGAACCGAGUCGGACCAUGGAGAUGCAUAAUAGAGGACAGCCUUAUAUAUAUCUGUGCGCUCUGAAUCGAGAACCGAGUCGAACCAUGGAGAUUUAUAAUAGAGGGCAGCCCUAUCCCUGUGCGCUCUGAAAUCUGAACCGCGAACCGAGUCGAACCAUGGAGAUGUAUAAUAGAGGGCAGCCUUAUAUCUGUUCGCUCUGAAUCGAGAACCGAGUCGAGCCAUGGAGAUGCAUAAUAGAGGGCCGCCCUAUAUCUGUGCGCUCUGAAUCGAGAACCGAGUCGAACCAUGGAGAUGCACCAUAGAGGACAGCCUUAGAUCGGUGCGCUCUGAAUCGGGAACCGAGUCGAACCAUGGAGCUGCAUCAUGGAGGGUGGCCCUAUAUCUGUGCGCUUUGAAUCGAGAACCGAGUCGAGCCAUGGAGUGAGAUGCAUAAUAGAGGGCCGCCGUAUAUCUGUGCGCUCUGAAUCGAGAACCGGGCCGAGCCAUGGAGAUGCACCACACAGGACAGCCCUAUAUCGGUGCGCUCUGAAUCGCGAACCGAGUCGAACCAUGGAGCUGCAGCAUAGAGGGCGGCCCUUUAUCUGUGCGCCCUGUCUGAGUCGUGAACUGAGUCGAACCAUGGAGACGCGGCAGAGCUGUCCCCCCUGAAUCGAGAACGAGCCACGCAUCUCAUUGCGUGCGCGCAUUUGCUGACGGCUAUCCUGUAACCCUGUCGCGGAGGAGAUCGCCCAGCCUGUCCACCGACCUCCGGCAGCACUUAUCUAGGCUGUUGCAGAAUUUGCGGGGUAAGGCAACGAAUUCACGAGGGAGACACCUGAACCAAAAAAGUGGACUAAGGCGGAUUCGACUGCGGUGCUGAGCAAAGAGGCAGUGGCGCGGCUGAUGUAAAAAUAAGAAAAUUAUAACGGACCCAAAUGUUGGAUUUUUUAGUUUAUAUUUUCCCAAUAUUUUACAAAUAUUUUAGGCAGGAGUGAAAACCAGGCCUGCUGUUGGUCUGAAGAAAAAGCCCGUUUUUGGUCUGGACUUACACAGCUCCUGAGAACCGUUUCGCGGUCGACGUUAAACGACUGCCAGAGACUGAAUCUGGCCCAUUGAAAAACAAAAGCAGAAAAGUGAUUCUUGGCAAUCACUUUUCUGCUUUUGGAAGUCGCUCCCGGACUGAGGGGGUUCUACUUUUAAGAACUGACUCCGGUUCCCUGAUUUUCUGCUUUUGUGGAUUGGUUUCAGCCUGGUGGUUUUUCAAUCUUAAAGGCCGAACGCUAGUGGGUGGGCUUCGGCUUUUGUUGCCCGAUUUCAGCCCCUGGGUGGACCAAUUUCAAGAGCAGAACACAAACCACCGAAAAUGAGCUGCCGGGCGUUUUGGAAAACGGUAGGCCGUGGGGUGUUUCUCAGUCGGCAAAAACAACACGGCAGAACCCUGGACAACAAAGGAGAGGAAACACACCCACAAGCCAAGGAGUUUUGAACCCCAGAAACUGCCCGAGACGCAUCGCCCCGGGGUGUUAUUGGGGUGCUGACUGCGUGCCCGUGCGUCAUUUCGUCGGACCAGCGGGGGCCCCCCGACUUGGUGGCGCGGCCCUCACACUCCAGAGAAGGUAGGUUGGGGAAGAAUGGGGCCGGCAGAUCGAUGGUGGCAAGCAAGGGGGCAGAUUGAUACGUCGAUGGGGGUGAUGCCUAAGGCGAUAAGUAACAACAGGCGCGAAUGACUGGACCCGACAACCAACAACGGCGCCGCGUUACAUGGUGGAAAUCAGUGGCCGGCGGCCGUGGUUGCGACUGUCGACCCUGGCAGACCAUGAAGGAAAUACCCCAAACGGCCAGAGCUGUGGGCGUUGUCUGUCUGCUGCUGGGGCCUCCGUGGUUGUCUGGUCUGUUCAUCCACCCUGCACUUUCACGGCCGGCCGAGGUUGCGCGCCUGGUGGUGUGUCAGUCAGUAAAUCAAUCUGCUGAGGGAAUCAACAACCAAGACCCCCGACCUCGCUCGACGACAGUCGCCCCAGGUUCCAAAAGGAACCGGAUCAAAAGAAUCAAGGUGGCCACAAUCUAAACUGCUGCGGACCUCUUGCUGUGGGCCUCUGAUGGACCUGCCGAGGCCUUCAAAGGGCUCCCCAAAAGUAGACCGCAAUAGGCUGCAAAGGGUCAAACUGUGCGACUUCUUGACUGCUAUCCUCGACUGAUUUCCAUCGAUUUGUAGGCCCAUUUUUGGGGUCUCAGGUGUCCAAUAUUUUCCAAAUAUUUUACAGCUAUUUUAGCAAAUAUUUUACCAACAGGGUCAGUAAAAUCGGCGGAACCUAGUGGGGGUUCGCUAAAAUAUUUGUAAAAUGUUUGUAAAAUAUUGAGGCCCUCCAAAAGUCCCCACUCUGUAGGGUACAUGCAACCACGCACGCACCCAACAGCUGUGCCUUGAAGUGGGCAAAAUGUUGCCCACUUUUUGCGUAACAAGGGGGAACAAACUGAGGAGAACACCACCACCCCGAGCACGUUCCAGCGCCGGGGAAAAGAGCAGAACUUGUGGGGGUGGGUUCCUCGGUGACUUGCCUGGGGUUUGUGUGUUGGGUGUCCUGUCCUCUGGGCCGACAGGAUGAAGCGUGGCAGCAUCUUCUCCGAGCGGCAACAAGAAGGACCCACCUGGAGCUAUUGGCCACCUUUGUCUCUGCCCUUGUGUUUGUUGUUGUUGGUUGUCGUUGCCGGCGCUUUUCGUCGGGGCGCUGGCUCAGUCUCUUUUCUGCGUGUGCGCCCGCUCCUCGUCGUGGGGCAGGAGGGUCCCCUGCUAGUCGAGUGCCAAUGUGCCACCCCUGCGCCCUCGCAUUGCGGAAAGCCAAGACUCGAAAUAUGCCGACAAUGAGCAGGAAGAGGAGAAUCGCCCCCCACGAAUUUGAGACACCGGCAGGAAAAGGGGGAUGGAGUGUUUCUUUGUCGGGGAAGGAGUGGCCAGGGGCUGCCGCAUCAACACACACACGAGGGGCGCACGGGUGGCCCCCUAUCUCUUUCACCUUUCCCACUUCGUGGGUGCGUGAGUGGAACCAUCUGCCCAGACGGUCUGCACCAUGGUGCACCUUGCUGCCCAGGUGCUUCCGGGUGUUGGGUCGGAGGUGGCGGCACCUUGUGGGCUUUUGAGGUGCCCAGCUGCAGCAGAAGACCCACACCGCCCGCCGGGUGUUUUUGCAUCGUGGCACGCGUUGGCGCCAUCAUGUGGAACACUCCCGACGACAGCAGACACCAACAGACCACCAUCGCCAGGCCUUUGCGACAUCGUGUCGGUCUGCUUUAAUUGUUUCACCCCAAUUGCCCCGACUAUUGCCAAAGCUAGCAACCUAGAGCAAGCCACGCGUGGCCCCUCACUCGGUGCGUGCCUUGUCUGUUCGCUGGUCGGGGUGCCCGAGGUCAGGGGCUAGAAACGAUCGCCAAAAAUGACCACAGACAGAACAACACGACGGAAGGGCGCCAGCGCUCUCGCAUGUAGUUGCGGAUGGCGCGCAGCCUAGCAGCUGAGCCACAUGCCUGCGCACCUUGGUUCAUGUGUUAGGAUUGGGGCGCAGUGUCGGGGGGCCCUCGUUGUUGUCUUCUGCUUGGGUGUUCGGUUGAUCAGUGUGGGACUUUUUGCCGGUGUUUCUGCCUCUCGAAAAUCCCCACACAUGUCACAAACCCCCAAAAAUUUGCUAAAGUAUUGGCCUCGUUUGGCAACAUUUAGGCUCGUUAUAAUAAGAAAAAAGGGACGCGCCUGAUCUAGCGCCCCGCGAUAAUGGUAGCGCCUUGCGGUGAUUGCUAGAAGAUUCCCGGGCCUGUGUCGUGAUGCUUAUGCAUGAAUGAAACAAGUAAAACUGUAAGACGUUCGCUGUUUGUCUGUUCUAUAUAGAUCGGCGGGACUCUAUGAAAGCGCCAGCAACUCACUGCUCCCGCACAGCCUUGGAGCUGGAUGCACUCACGCUCGUCGUGGUUUUGCCCUUGGUGGGGCUGGAUGCCUUCGCCCACGGUCGACGCCUUGGACUUGGAGGGGCUGGACACCUUCACACCUGACGCCUUUGCCUUCGAGGAGGUGGGCGCCUUCCUUUACCGUGGGGGAGCGGCCUGAGGCCUCAGAGCUGGCGGCAACCGUAGAAAUUCGGAGAGAGCGAAACCGCGCGGCAUGCAUCCUUCUGGUAAUGUUUCUGCAACGAUUAGAGCACAAACAAAGGACAGGACACAGCUGGCGCGUGAGUUUAUAAGGAUUUAGCGAAAGGAUGAAGGCCACGGGUAUCAUACUAGACGAACGAGAAGAGCACACGCAAAGAAUAUAGAUAAACGCCACCACCCACACGCAGGCCCCUACUCAUCUUGCCGAGCGAGACAGGUGACAGCUCUCCCUCCGCCAGAUCAUAAAAUAAAGCGAGUGGCGCCGCCUUCGUGGCCAAUGAUUAGAGGAAGACCCAAGGAGAACACAGGCGCCCCCCUCGUGGCUCUGCUUUGCUAGUCGCUUACCUCACGAGGCCCGCGCGCUCCUUGAACAAAGCAAAACAGAAGACAGAGGUGACGCCGGUUCCUUCUCUUCCCGUGCUGUGCCUCUCGAGACGCCACGACCCCGGCAGCCGACGCAGCCGCUUGAUUCCAACUGCAACCGCGUCAGGCUCGUGAAAUCUCUCUGCCCCACCACGGCGGACGCCUCCUGGUUUAGUUAGAGGAACCCACCGCAGCGCCAACCUCCUCAGAAAUAUCCCCGAUGGCGCAGCUGAGCAAGGUGCCUCACUCCCUGGAACGAACAUCCUGCCAACUAUUUCAAAGACCACAACCACCGACGCGAGACGAUAGCCACGACAGCCGUAAUUUAGCGGCUGCGGCGCGUCCCCUGAGGAAGGUGAUGGGGUCGGCGCGGCUGCCGACCGCCCUGGGGCAGGUUUUAGAGGCAGGCGCCUGGUGCUUGGUUGCCUCGCUUUUUUGUGCCCUGCGUCCCCCUCUUAAGAAAGGCAAAAAAAGACGCACGAGAAGCACCACAAGCCUGCCGCCCGUAAGAGUAAUGGCCAUGCCCUUCACCAGCGCACGAAGCUCGGCCGUAGACUUCUCCCGCAGCCGGUCGAGUUUUGGCAUCUUCGCAGCCAAAUCCAUCGAGCCCAAGUCCAUGCCAAGCCCAUCCGCCACAACCUCCGCCGCCCGCUGGGCCUCUUCAUCUGCAUGCGCGGCAAGCUUUCCGGUCCACUUCGGAAGGGGUAAGACAUUCCCAAGCGCCUCCGUGUCAUUGUCGUGGAAAAUUGGAAAAAUCUGCAAGGAAAGAAGAGAGGGAAGAAGGUGACAACACUCAAACCCAUAAGAACACGCCACGCCAUGCAUAACAUGAGCCCAGGCAUCAUCUUCGCCUUUGUCUCGAUGUUGUCCUGGUUGCGCCACAGGCAGAAAUGGAAAAAGACUACAGCGAAAAGUCACCGCUUAUGCCUUUGCUUUUUGACAAGCAUCAAAGAGUGAGACAAGCGAGGCAAGCCAGCUGACCAAGCAACAAACAAAGAGAAAAGACUAAGACAGCCGCACCCCUUGCGUGGGUUACCAACAUAGUACAAGCACAGCGAUGCCCCUGAGGGACUUCCUUGCCCACUUGAGAAGGGUCACCGCUUGCGCUUGCAGCUAGCUGGGUGGCCCCAUAAAAGAGAGCAGCGUAGAAGCCGUCGCGCUUCGCUCGCAACGCCUCCGCACCUUGGAGACUUGGGGGGAGGCGCUUCUUUCACCGGAUCAAGCUGCCACUCCUCCACAUGUUUCCAAAUAUUCUCGACGCGCUGGCCCCUGACUUAUCAUUAGAAAUCUACGAGGCCGCUCCUAGGUGGUUCUCGCCCUCACUCUACGCCCCAAAGUAGCCCCACACCCUGGACCAACCUGAAGCCCCGAAGUAGCCCGAAACUAAGAGAGGCGGGCUCCCGGUUCAAGGUUCAGGAUUCAGAUGAGACAUCGCGCCGCCUGCCAUAUAGAAAGAGGGAACAUCAAGGGAGGCGGGUUCUCGGUUCAGGGUUCAGGAUUCAGAUGAGACAUCGCGCCGCCUGCCAUAGAGAGGGGACACCAAGGGAAGCGGGUUCUCGGUUCAGGGUUCAGGAUUCAGAUGAGACAUCGCGUCGCCUGCCACAUAGAGGGAACACCAAGGGAGCUGGGUCCUCGGUUAAGGGUUCAGGAUUCAGAUGAGACACCGCGCCGCCUGCCAUAUAGAGGGAACACCAAGGGAAGCGGGUUCCCGGUUCAGGGUUCAGAAUUCAGGACUCAGGUGAGGCAUCGGGCUCUCUAUCAUAUACAUAGAGGAACGAGGCGGAGCCUGCUGCUUUUUAAACGCUAAACGCCUCUAGAGUUUUCUUAUUCUCGUGGCUGCCUUGUUGUUGUUCUUGCUGUUGUUGUUCUUGCUGUUGUUGUCCUUGUUGUUCUUGCUGUUGUUGUUCUUGCUGUUGUUGCUGUUCUUGUUCUUCCUCAAGGCCAUCUGCUGCCCACAUGGAAGGCCUUCAGUGUUUACUUUAAAGGCGCCUUAGGGGUCCCUUAGUGUUUACACUAAAGGCGCCCUAAGGGUCUUUUAGUGUUUACAUUAGAGGCGCCUUAAGGGUCCUUUAGUGUUCACAUUAAAGGGGAGGGGAGUCCUUUAGCAUUCACUUUCACAUUAGAGGCGUCGUAGGGGUCCUUUAGUGUUCACAUUAAAGGCGAAGAGUGUUCGGGGAUUUUUAAUAGUAUUUAGAUAGAGUAUUUCUACUAGGAUCUUCUCAGUGUAAGCCCUAUUUUACUUCGCAGAGAGAUUUGCGUACCAUGUUGGAAUACUAUUUUUAUCUAAGACUAAAAACGCUAAGUAUCAUCCCGCCGGUAGACUAGGAGCAGUACAAGUACUACGGAUGCGAAUGAAUGAGUGAAUGAAUGAGUGAAUGAAUGAAAGUAAAUAGUGACUGGCGCUAAUUUGUGUACUUCUACAUUAUGCUGGGACUCGUGGUUGCAACCUUGGUGAUGCCUAUCCUUGUGGUCUACCUUUUGAGUGCGGACUUAGCAGGACCAGGACCGCCGGGAGAAUCUAAAACGGAAAUGGUGAUAGCACAAGUAGCACAAGCGGGGGGAGAAGGUCAAGAUUAUGUACUCGAAACCUUGAAAUAGGCAGGCAAAUUCGAGAAUAGUUUGAGGUUAGCAGCUCUCUUAGAUCACUUACUUUACUCGGCUAUUUAAGUUUUUCGAAUGAGCGCCUCCUGUUGCUCUAGUAAAUCCCGCUCCUACAUCAGCUUCAAUCAUUAUAUAUAGAUAAAUAUUAUAGAUAGAUAUCUUUCUUCAAUCUUCAUCUUCUUAGUUGUUUUCGCUUCAGGCAACAUAAAUAUCUUUAUUUGAGUAAGAGUAACUACGUACUGGUGAUAAUAUCCUCCUACCUACUUUCAGUCAUAUUAAGGAUGCAACUAGACAAGGAGAAUAAGAAAACAAAAGAUGAACAUGAUGAUGAGGGAGCAGCUGCAAGCAUCUAGUACUAUAAUAACUUGUAGCUCCUGUGAGUGUGUUGCUAUUCCUCUUUCUGGAGGGAGAGGGACGAAAGAACAAUAGCUACUGGAAGUAGAUCAUCGGUCCCUAUUCCAUCAAGAGAUGAGUUAUUUGAACCGUUGUAACUGAGACUUAGAGAUUAGGUGUAGUAGAUUCAGAUUAGGGUUCUUGUAGAGUACUAGUGGAUAUUUAUUAUAGAGUAGUUUGUAGAUAUAGACGCUGGGCGGCAACGCUGGGCGGGCGCUUGGAUAGCGCUUAGCGGACUUGAGGGCCACACACUGGGCAUGCCGAGUCCGCGCGGCCGAUGGAUUUAGUUGCGACGCGGGGACGCGAUGCACCGCGUCCCGUGAGCGCAAACAAAGGCGGCGCGCCGCUCUCAAGGUUCAGGGCAGCGCUGGCGCUUUGCGUCGCGCCGCACUGUGCUGCUCGGUGCGUGUAAUGCUGCGCCGCUCUUAUGCACAACGGUAAACUCGCCAGCGUCGUUGGCCUUGGCCUACGCUAGACUAGCACUGCUGGUGGCGUCUCACAAGCGGGCGCCCGAAGGGCGCCCCGCAAUUGGAGGCGCCCAGCGUCACGCUGGGCGCAGAAUUCGGCAGAUCUGGCACAUUUGGGUCGCCCAGCGACACCGCGCGCCCAGCGCGCCCAGCCCAGCCAUGUUGGGAAAGCUUAUAAACUGUUACGUUAUUAGAUUUAAGUAGAUGACUUUAUGUUGAUCUAUUUUUCUUCAAGGUGAUUCAAUUGAUUCUGAUAAAUUUUUUUUGAUUCUGAGCAGCUGUUCGUUGUGGCCUCUAAUGUAAGAAGCAGAGGUCGAAGUUGGAGGAGAUGUUGAAGAUUAGUCCUGUCUUCUACUGCAAGUGGCUCAUCGGUUUCCCGAUUGCAGGCAUCUUUACGGCUUCCACUAGUGGUCCAUCUCUCGUCUCCAUACAUAGAUAGGAAUCGUUCAUGUCGGCACAUAAUCUAUAGGGAUUUCCACGGGAUCAAGUGGACUCGGGAGAGGUCUAACAUCUGCGUCGUGCUGUCCGGCCUCACUUGGGGCGGUCUCGGCAGUAAGGCAGUGAUCGCCAUUUUAUCGGUAUUAACUUUCGUAUUGGGAUUCGUGGGUUCAAGUCCGAAAGGCGGCAUCGGCGGUCCUCCCGUCUUAUGAAGAAAGAAUUUCAGAUCCAGAACUGGGAAUUCUAAAUUUUGCUUCUUUUACAGUUGUAAUACUAAUAGACUUACUUGUUCUCUACAACAACAAGAACAACUACAAUUCUUCUAGAUUUAUUUACUUCCAGUGAGUUAAGUAAACUUGCGUGAGUUAACAUCGGGACGAAACACUGUGACGCCGCGCGGCAGUCUGCACUGAAAACUGUGCGAGAUUAGUUGCAUACUGUAUCUUGUAUAAAGAUGAAGAUCGAUACUGCCAUCUGAUAAUAAAAAAAGUUGUACUUGUACAACAGCUCCAUCUCCUUUCAUAGCGUGGGAGCAAUCUAUUUGGUGGGGGGUGGAUACCCCUGACACUCCUUGCGCCGCACCUGACGGGUAUUAUUGGUAAUUACAUUGACGUCAAGAAUCAGCAUGAAGCCAACAUCUUAAGGGCCGACAAUCGUGAUCGCUCUCAGAAUAACACUUAGUGCAAGAAGAACAGUGCUUCUAAUUAGUUACGGGAUUUUUAAGCAGUAAGAGUAUGAUCGGUGAUGUUGCGAAAGUAAUCUAAAGUGCUUUGAAUUCAAGACUUAAUAUUCAAUCAGUGACAGGAGGAGGAGUACAACACAUCAUAAAGAAUAUGCUUUAGCUUAUCGUCUUAUUAGUGUAAUGUGCACGUGCUGCAUGAUCGCUAACUUCUAGGCGCAGCACUCCCGAGGAGGAGCGACCAAAACUAGAGCCUCCUGGGCCUGAGGCUUCGGAGGCAGAGAAAGCCGCAUACGAAAAGGAAAUGAAUCUGUAUGACGCAUUCGAUCCGAAUGCUGGUGGCUUCUACGCUAUGCUCUUUUCUUAAGGCUUCCCCCAAUGCAUCUCUAUAGGGAUCCCUCAACCGUAUGCGCGCCAAUACAAGGAAGGGGAAUAGUGACGCAUACGCUUGAGGCCUUUCCGUUUCCACAGGGAUGAAUUAGGGAGAGGUCUAAUUUUCCGUUCCGUACGCGAUUGCGCUCCUCUGUUUCAUCGACUACAUCUCGAAUCGACCUAUCAUUACGGCUGUAAAUUUUCCUAUAGCUAUAGAUUAUGGUAAAAAGAAUUUCAUUUCUUUUGGUCUUCCUCGGUCUAUCUCAUUAUUAAUAUUAUGGUUAUACUUCCCUUGUUGUUGAUGUUUCAUGAUCGAUUUUUGCUUGGCUCUAAUGAUCUACCUGUCAUUAAUUACUUAGGAGCUAUGCAAAGAUGCGGAUCCCGCAAGAUUUCUGUAGUAUCCCUGCUCGAGAACCUGAACCAUCGCCUUUCCUUCGUACAAGGGAUGAUGGAUGUUGUUGAGUGAUAUCAGAAAGGCAAAGGAUACCCGACUACCAAACCAUCAACACUGAAUCACUACUAGCGGUAGUAGCUGGCUCAUCACGUAGAAGUGUCGUGUUGUAUUUUCGUCCAACAUCAAGUAGGGAAGAUUGUGAUUGAUAGUAAGUAUCUCCUCUUGAAAGAUGGCUCUGUACGUUUGUCUCUCCCCGCCCUUUACGAGAACUUACUUUUUCGUGUUCCUUCUUUUCCUAGUCAGGGAUUUAGUCUACAUCUAUCUCUAUCUCUGUAACUCAUCUAUCUCUGUCUCUAAUAUCAGUGCAGAGUACGUUGCUUCUCAUGAGUGGCCAGUUGCCACUGCGAAAGCAGACACACGAGACUCAGACGUCGUUGCGGAGGAAAGCAGGGUCCUCAAGAAGUACCAGGGCAAUGCACCAGUGUCCUCUUCCGAAGACUUAUGGUCGUUUGCAAAUAUCGUAGAGCAUUUGUUAACAUGGAUGACGAUGAUGGAUGGCAUGCUUAGACAUGCCUGGCAUGAGUCGAAGGGGGUCAGGGCGCGACCUUCUAAAGUGAUUGUGAUUUGAUAAUGUCGCUUACCUGCAAAGGUAAUUACAACUCCAUAAAUGUAGGUGAAAGAAAUCUAUCCAAGUAUUUCGAAAGCAUCUUCUACCGGUACUCACCAGAAGAAAGAAGUCCGUCGUACUAGUGGUCAUAGAGUAUUGUAAAAUUGUAAGGGAAACAAGACCCUGCGUGUGGAAGUGAAUAGCGGUGAGAUCGAUGCAUCUCAACCUUGUUAACGUUAAGACUUCUACUACGGUUUGUGAAUCUUGGUAAAAUAAGUAAGCAAGAACUUUACAUCGCAGGCCCUUCUUGGCAACAACUAGAAGUUGAUCUUCUAAAAAACGCAGUGGUCUUAGCCGACGUAAGAAAGCGGUUUUACAAUGCUGCCGGGAAAGAAUUUUGGGCCACGCAAGGCGUGUCUUUGGGUGUGGCACGUGGAGAAUGCUUUGGACUUUUGGGGCCGAACGGUGCGGGAAAAAGUACGUUGUUCAAUUUAAGGCGACGUCGAACUAUAUUUGUAAUUAUAUAUUUAGUAGAGGUGUCUUGUUUUUGUUGGUCAUGUAUGGUCCAAGCCUCUCGGAUGUCGUGGCGUUCUGUUCUCAGUGGCUCACACAAAGCCUCGCGCUCGACUGUCAUCGGGAUGAUCUCACAAGACACGAAUGUCGAUGAUCAUGAAUGCUACUCCCAAUGCACAUUCAAUGCAUAAUCAUAAUGAUCAAGGUGGAGACUAGGCACGGCCGUACUGAUCCUAGUCAUAUGAUGCAUGUUCAGUCCGAUCCCUUCUGACAUGCUUAUGCUGCUGAUGUAUGAUUCAUCUCACCCAAUGAACCAAACAGGGACUACACCAGCCAGAGAUCACAAGUCUCAGGCAGGAGCAUCAAGAUUUGCUUGCAUUCAAGAUUCUGACUUUGUGUUUCCACUGAGAAACGAACCAAGGCGCGGAGCCUUGUGCUCUUGUGGUCCAGCACUGGCCUAACCCUUGAGCGGCAAAAGUAAAAUAAAAACUGGAAGUAGUGUAGUACAAUAAACAAAUCCAUCAAAAUGUCCUGCGAGGCCAAGGAGAUCCUCAAGAAGCUGGGACAGAAGUCCGACUGGCGCGAGUGGCAGCGAGCCGUACGUCAAGAAGCUAGUCGCCUAGGCUUACUUGAGAACUACACGAAUGUAGUCAACGUGCCGGCCGUUCCACAUGGUGCGCCGCAAGGUAAUACCAGUCGCGAAGACGCGACCCGCCAGAAGUGGCGCAACCUGAAAGACGUAAUCAUGCGAAGUCUGAAAGGUGCGGCCAAGUCGUUCGUCGACAAUCGGAACAACGAUGGCGCGGUGGACGAAAUGGACGCUGGUGAAGUUGUUGUUCUACUUCGUGAACAAGGGAACUUCAACGCGAACAAUCGCCAGGAGCAGCGCAUGAAGGUCAAGCCGUUGUCGGAGGGACUGACGAAGUUCCACAACAGCGACCAGCCUGCAGAUGUCAAGGAGUUCCUCUCAAAGAUCCGCGACAUCAUGAACCAAUCGCCCACCGUCUUCCCGCCGGAUGCAGAUCUACCCGAAGCUGAUCAACAGAGCGGAGCGAUCCUGCUGAAGUUGCCCGAGUUGUUCUGCAAGAACUUCAGAGCGACCAUCGAGCGGAUGCAAGAAGAAGAUGGCCCGACAUUUGACCAAAUUGGAGACCGACUUGAGAAACGUCUUUUCUUACAACGUUGAUCGAGGAGGGAACCUACAAAAUUGAGAACGACUCCUUCGGGAAAGCGUUUCCGGUCAAUGUUCAGGAAACCUCGAACAAGCGUCCUCGUGAUGACAAGAAUGAGGACAGGAUGAUGACGAGGUAGAGGCCAAUAAGGCAGAUGGUAAGACCUUCAUUUCCGCCAACGCCCUCAAGCGUUUCAAGCAGAAAGAAAAGAAGAAGGCAAUCGCCGAGGUCUACAACUCCUACGGGUACCAACCCAAAGGAGGAAAGAACGGCGGACAAAAGCCGAAGAAAGAUAAAGGAAAAGGAAAGAAUACCUAUCCACCCCGCUGUGCUUGCUGCCACAAGGUCGGACGCAAGUCCUCUGAGUGCUGGCAUAACACACAAGCCCUUCAACAGGGACAGGGAAGUUGGACUGCCGGAGCCUCAUCUAGUAGUUCUAGAGGCAAAGGUGGAAAGGGUAAUAGCAGUGGCAUGAUCCACAUGUCGCAGGUUGCGGAGAUGCUCAACAUCAUGAACUCGCACAAUCGAAGCUGAGCGACGGAACCGUACGAAUUUGGGAAGUGCUCGCUGAAUUUCGAGGAAGAUGAAAUAAUGACAAAUGUUGUUAAUCAUGCUGAUAGCUACAACGCAGAUGGAUAUAGUUUCACAACCUUGAAUACUAGAACAUCAGAAGACGCAACGCCAGUUGAUAGCUGUGCAAACAAAUAUCUUUCACGGCACGGAGAUGAUUUCGAUGAAAUUGGUAAAAACAUUUGUAGAAUAACAGGUAGCGCAGGCACUAAGGGCGGAAAAGUCGGAAAACUCAAGAACAACGCACUUGGAAUAAAGAGCGGAGUUUACUAUGAUUCUCUACCUGGAAACAUAGAUCGCGCAUUACCAUGGUUAGGAGACGGAAACUGCUCGCAAUUAGGGUGGGAGUUCAACUUCAAAGGCACUGGUGGUUGUAUCGUGCACACGGACACCGGCCAGAUGCUACCCAUCAGAGCUCACCCACGCUUGCAGUUGCCCGCACUCGCGUGCAGUUUCUUUGAGAACAAACAUGAAAGUGGCUUCACUUGUACAUCCAUAGAAGAAGGCGUCUCUAGUUGCUAUCUUACGAGAUUAGAACUACACAGGAGAUGUGGCCACUUUCACGUAGAUGGUCUACAAGUUAGUUGCCCAGAAUGUGACCUACACAAAGGACAACGAAAACCCCACGCAAAAUCUAGAGACGUGACUACCUACAAACCUGAACCCCUCAAACUACUUGCAAUAGACUUUGCCGUAGGAAUAAAACCUGUCUCAGUAAGAUCUAUGAUUGAGAUGUGUUCUAGUUGUCAUAUGUGACGUAAUUAAGAAGGCGCUUGGUCGACCGCUGAAGCUUAAAAGUGACUGCGUGGAGGAAAUAGAACAAGUCAUAAAAGGCAUUCGACAGGACUACUCCUUAUCGCUAGAUGACAAGGUAGUAUGGUUCAUCCGGAGGGAUGGAGAACCAGUCCUCGGUAGUGAUGACAUGACCAAACUCAUGCAAUCGCUGCGGGUCUCAGACAGUCUGGCUGUUCCUUAUAGUCUGGAAAUGAGUGGGAUUGUUGAACGUUUUAUGCGGACCUUGUUUGGCAGCGUGCGAACAAUGCUAACGAAGGUUGAUCGACGCCUUUGGUGUUACUGUGUUGAGUACGCUAGUGACUGCUGGGAUCGUCUUCCGCAUAAUUGCGCUAAAAUGCCAGAACACGAUGGAAAGAGUCCAAUAGAGAUUCUAGAAGAAAGAACUGGUAGAAAUUCUUCCAGAAGCAAAAUCGGCAUGCUCCGCCGAUUUGGUUGUCUUGUUUACUUUCGUGAACAAAUUCAAGCCAACACUCCUCAACCCAAGCUCUCGGCCAAAUACCGCCGUGGCGUCUUCCUUGGACUCUGUCCGGAGUCAUCUGGUUGGUUGGUUGCUACUUUCGCUCAUGACGAUCGUUGCAAGCUUGGAUAUCGAAAUCGAUGGGCGGAAUGCUCUACCCUAGAUGUCAAGUUCAGAGAGGAUUAUCUAAUAAAGGACAUAGACUGGCUAACGCCAGAUAGAAAGGGCUUUUACUAUGAGUGCGAUGAACUGGAAAACUUGCAGCGUGGAGCGUCGUCGCUGGGCUCCCCCUUGAUUGGGCAGUCAGUGCAAAGGCUGGGUCAGCAAUCGGGGUUCUCUGGCACGGAGCGCGCCUCAGGUGGACCGGCCGGCAUUCCCGAAGAACUAUAUGCUGAAACCUUAGACAAGAAGGGGGGCGAAUCCGACGCGGCUGACUCUUCUGAAGGUGUUUCACUUGAGGAGGGGAAAGCUGAAACGAAGGAUCGAGUCUCUGACUCACCUAGUCCGACUAGAUCGAAAGCGCUAUCUCCCGCACGUGUUGUGGCAGGCGAACGCCAUACACACGGCAAGAAGCGUGGCCGACUGAAAGGAGCCAAGGACAAGGCCGGAGGAAGGUUCGUAGAACAAAGAAACAGAUGGAAGAACUCAGAAAGAGUCUGGCGCUGUUCGCAAGUGCUAUUGGGGGCACGUGUGAGAUAGACGAAGACGAGGAAAUCGUCGAAUCACAUGUGAUGCUGUCCGUUGCCAAUGCAUUAAAGAGUCCUGAAGCUGAAAAGUGGAAGGAAGUCAUUGACAUUGAGCAUGCGAGACUACUAGCCUUUAAAACGUGGGAAGAAGCUACUGGCGAGCAGCUAGCAACCGCGUCGCGGGCUCUACCAAUUGCCAUCAUACUAACAAGAAAGAGAUGUGGAAAAUACAAGGCAAGAGCCUGUGUACUCGGUAAUUUAGAUCGUUCGGGAGAGCUAAACACCUUUGCUCCCGUGGUAUCACAUGCCGCUACUAGGUUGCUCCUCGCUUCUGCUGCGUCAGAGGGGGACUACGUGAUCCCGUUCGAUUUAGAUUCAGCGCUCCUCAGUGCCGAACUCGAUCGAGAUGUCUACUGCCGUCUUCCACCCAUCUGGGUGAAACAGCAUGGAUGCGAGAUCGUGAAGCUCAAGAAAGCUCUAUACGGCUUGAAGGACGCACCACGAGCAUGGUUCAAGAGGUAUCGCGAGACUCUAGCCAGUCUUGGUUGGGAGCCGUGUACUUCUGCGCCUGGAUUGUGGCGCAAACCGAGCAGCAAAGCACCGGGGAAGUUCCUGAAGAUGUCUGUCUAUGUAGAUGACAAUCUUGCUACAGGUCCUGACCAAGAUGAGCUCAUGACCGAACUAGUCCUCAUUUUCACACGUGCUCCAGGCCGUGCGAUUGAAGUCGAGUCAAUUCUAACCCCCUGGGGUCUCGAAUGGCUAAAGUUCGACUUCUUAGGUGCGAUCGUGUACUAUGGCUGUGAAGCUAAGUCGUUCAGACUGUGCAUGGAGCAGCACAUCGAUAAAAUUGCUAACCUAAGAAGUAUGAAGCUCAACUAGGGAAACCGGUUUACUCGCCCAAUUUUGACGAAACAACUUUUCUUGAAGACGGGAUCAAGAUAGUUGAUGGGUAUCCCUUUCGUGAGGUAGUUGGUGCCUUUCUAUGGGUAGCUGUAACCGCGCGCCCGGGUAUCUCUGUAACCGCGCACCGGAUUACAUGUCAGUAAACCCACGUCAACAAGAAUGGCCAAAGCAGCCAAGAAAGUCCUAAAAUGCCUGGUGUCAACAAAAGGCCAAGGAGUAGAAUACUCACCAGAAAAGGAAGAAGAAUUCAACAAAAUACACGAGAAACUUCUACCAGAAGGCAGAGACAUGCCAGAAGUAAACAUAUUCAGUGAUGCUGGUUUCGCCAACUGCAUCAAAACAAUGAGAAGCACAAGUGGCUCCAUAAUGUAUUACAAAGGUACACCCAUAGCGUGGAGGAGUAACCGACAAACGGCGAGAGCCUACUCAACGGCUGAGAGUGAGUAUAUUGCAGCUUCUGUUGGAGACCACCGCGUCGAUGUGAAACAAGGCCGCGAGAUCUUCGCGAAAAGUUGCCCGGGUUGGUCUUCGUUGCCUCCGUCUUUUCGAGUAUGGAAAAGGCGGCGGCGUGGCCUCGGGUGCUUUGUCUUUGUGUUGUGUUUCUCUGUUGUUGACAGCCCCGGCGCCAGGUGAGUGCGGACCGCCCGCACGUCAUUGGCGUCGGCGCUGCUUGGAAUACAGCCGAAGCACGCCUGUGAAAGCUCCUCGAGGUGUAGAGAACCCGGGCGGAGGACGCGGGAAACGCGGGCGGGGAAGCAGUGGCAAAACGGGGCGGCGUUGGCCAUCUUUCUGCGCUUGCACGCCUGGGGUGGCUCUUCGUUUUUUUUUCUAUAUGAAAAAAAAAAAUCUUGGCGAAAAGUUUGCGAAAUCUUUCAAAAGAAUCUUUGCGGAAUCUUUCCGAAAAGAUAAGCGCAUGAAGUUCCAACAUUGCCAAAACUUGCAAACUUUCCGCAAACAUUCCGCGAAGAUUUUGAAGCUUUCGUCUUCCAUGUUUUUUUGAUGAAGACAUGGAAAUGGAUCGCUGAGAACAAACUCGCAACAGCUUGCAACGAAACCGCACAAGGCUCCGCGCUUGUUGUCUGUGGUUUUUGUGGUUUCUCUGUUCUUCUCUCCAGGCUUGGGAGGCCUCUGGCGUUGUGCAUUCGUUUGAGAAUUUGGCGCGAGGCUGCGCCGCGGACUGGUUCGCCGGCUUGUGAUGCUCUCGGCGCAGUGGUUGGCCUGUCUGUGUGUGGGUUGUGUCGGUUUCGUUUUCGGAGCUCCUUUGGGCUUCGUUUUAAUGAGACAAGGACAAGGGCCGCGCGCGUGAGCCUCGGCAACUUUUCGCCAAGAUUUUCCGCCACUGGUGAUUGUCGGGCGCGGUGGUCUCCAACUUCUGACACGAUAGCGCUCAGUGAGAUGCAUGACUUCACGGACUUCUAUAAGCCUCCUCCAACCCAGUUGGUACACACACAGAACGGCUUGUCUCCCUCCUUAGACAAUGCUGCAUUGUGGAUAGACAACCAGUCUGCGACCACAACAGCCAAAGCAACAGACGCUCGCCCUAAAAGUAGACACUAUGCUUUACGUUACCUACUGGCGUUAUGCUAGUAAGAUCGUUUUCUGUCCUACCAAUCUGAUGAAGGCGGACCCACUUUCGAAACUAAACUGCAGUGCCACUCAGCGUAGACUCAUACUACACCACGUAGAUAACCCGAGAACUACAAGUAGAGAAGAUGACUGCGAUUCCUCUGAUGAUGAACCAGAUGAGGACGAUUUAGCUUACUAGAGCGUAAUGUAUUCGAACUAUUUUGGUUUCUAAACCACCUUAGCCAGGUCACAUACACUAAGCAAGAGACGUGAUUGCCGUGACUCAACACACAGUGAGGCGGUCACGUGGGACGGACUUCAACCCGCAUCGAUUGAGGAGGGGCGUUGGUCAUGUAUGGUUCAAGCCUCUCGGAUGUCGUGGCGUUCUGUUCUCAGUGGCUCACACAAAGCCUCGCGCUCGACUGUCAUCGGGAUGAUCUCACAAGGCAUGAAUGUCGAUGAUCAUGAAUGCUACUUCCAAUGCGCAUUCAAUGCAUAAUCAUAAUGAUCAAGGUGUAGACUAGGUACGGUUGUGCUGAUCCUAGUCAUAUGGUGCAUGUUCAGUCCGAUCCCUUCUGGCAUGCUUAUGCUGCUGAUGUAUGAUUCAUCUCACCCAAUGAACCAAACAGGGACUACACCAGCCAGAGAUCACAAGUCCCAGGCAGGAGUAUCAAGAUUUGCCUGCAUUCAAGACCCUGACUUUGUGUUUCCACUGAGAAACGAACCAAGGCGCGGAGCCCUGUGUUCUUGUGGUCCGACAGUUUUCAUGAAAUUAAAAGUUUUAUUGUUUGAUACAUGUGAUGUUGAUGAGUUAUUUUUUCAGUUUGUUCUAUCUUGAUACAUCAUGAAGCAGACGCUUAUACAUAUACCAUAGUCAACUUCUACAUCUUUCUUCAGAACGAUUAUUCUAUCGUUCUCAACAUGAAUAAGAAAGUAAGUAGCUUCAGUGUUCUUACCGUUGCAUUAGCAGCUUCUUAUUUCCUUCUGCUCGGAGUCGGAGGCGAGCUUCAUCAGGUAAAUAUGAAUCGAUUUUUUACAACUGUACUAACUAAGUAAUUCUGUACUAGGUACUUUAAGUCGUGAGUCGUGUAGUAAACAUUUGAUUUCUAACCACCUUGAUCACCGGCAACUCUGAGGUCGGGGGUGUUUCCUCUGGCAGAAUUCUGAUCAAAGGAGAGGACUGCUACGCGGACAAUUUUACCUCUGCGUAUACCAUCACGGGGCUGGCGCCACAGUUCGACAAGCUGUGGCCCAAGGUCACGGGUCUCGAGCACCUGCGUUUUUACUUAAGGCUCCUUGUUCUUGCGCUUAUUUGUACCAGUAGGUACCACAAAACGACAUCUUUGAAGUUCAAAUGUAUCGAUCUCUUAAGUCUAAGAAGAUUUUUCUAUCGAUAUUUUCAUCGACCUCUUAAGUUUAAGAAGAGUCCAUGUCUCCUGUGUAAGUAGUUGCAUCUUUGACACAAGGAGGAGAAACACUUCUGUAGUUGUCAUUCUUCCACGGAGAUACACCUCACUGGUUAACAAAGAUGCGCUUCUUGUUCAGGCACACUCAGCACACUUUUUAGAUUUAGAAGGAACACGUAUAGGAUUAGGAGUAGAAGAACUAGAAGCACAACUAGAAGUACAACUAGAAGUACAACUAGAAGCACAACUAGAAGUACAACUAGAAGUACAACUAGAAGUACAACUAGAUAAGUGCAACUAGAUAAGUACAACUAGAAGCACAACUAGAAGUACAACUAGAAGUAGUAGAACUGUCAUCUUCUAAGUUGCGCCAGAAUUGCAGGAACCUACUAUCCGCCUACUGAAGACGAGAGCAACCCUGGGUCGCCGGUUGGGGAGGAGGAGAGGCUUCUGGGAGCUCCUCAUAAGAAGGACUUCGGAGAGGAACUGAUUUUACGGCUCUUCUCCUACGUUUCAUGAAUGAAUGACGUUACAUAUUAAGUUACAUUCACAUUUACCUGUUCUGGAGGUAUCUUUUGGAUAUCAAGUUACAUUCACAUUUACCUGUUCUGGAGGUAUCUUUUGGCGCCUAUGUAUACCAGAGCAAUUUAUGAGGUUUCACAGCUCGCAUGGCAUGGAGUGCAUGGAUCGCAUGGAGUAGCAUGGAGCUAAAGGGGGAGCUUCUUGCGCCCCUUAAAGCUCUGCGCUCCAUGCUACUCCAUGCCCCCCGCGUGCUAUAAACUACUCUGGUAUACGUUACAUAUGUAUGCAAUUGUAACUAGAUGCUUCCGUCUCCUAGUCCAUAAAAAUCAAUGGCUUCUAGUCCAAUGGCUUUAAUUAAGUUUUUACUGAAAGAAAAAUUAGUCUUAGUGAGGCCUGCUCACAUGAUCUUCGCUGUUGAUAGCCUUGUUAAUUAUUUAAUCUCCUGGUUGUUUAGGCUCUUCUCCAGUAAGUCAUUUUUCGAUGGGCAGGCAUGUCAUACCCUUGCAGGUUGUAACACUUGCUUUCAGGGCCCUACACUGUUAGGCUGUGCCUUAGUUGUUCUACAGGGGCUAUUGUAAUAUAGUUCCCUCCGAUAGUCGUAGUCUUUGGCCGUUGUGAUACGGUUUUCUUGCUCCCCCGGUAUGUAAGUUUUGUAAAUGGAUUGUUUAAGUAGUUGAAUGGGAGGUGGCAUGUAGUCCUAUGGGAAAAAAAAAAAAUGGCAUCUUCCCUCACGCGAUCGAGGCCCUUGAACUUGAAUCAGUAAUGGAUUUUGUUAUGAUUCAACGGAGGCGUCCCAUGGACGAAAACUUCGCCGCGAACCAGCACAUAGAGAUUGAUCCGAAAGAAACAGAAGACAGUACAAGCAGGAAGACAGUAAAUCCACCUGUAUUCUCUAAGAAAAGCUCGGACGUUACGCGAUGUUUCGCUUUCGAUGAAGGACGCGAACAUGCCCACAGACACGUAUUCUGGAGGAAUGAAGCGAAAGCUUUCGGUUGCGAUUACAAUGGUACAACUUAGUAAGAAUAUGAUACUCUUGUCCGUCAAUUGGUUUUGGUCAUGUUCUUCACUAUCAGAGCUUAUCUCUACGGGCACUAGGAGCGGCGCUAUCAGGGACGAAGAUGCAUACAUUUACAUACAUACUACUUAAUAAGAAUAUAAUACCCCUCCAGCUCCACUUAAUUAUACCCUUGUCGAACAAGGCUCGUAUGAGAGCACGAAACGAGAGCAAGUGUUGUUGUUGAAUAAUACUAACUUCUACAGGUAAGUAGGGAGCCAGCGAUUGUUUUGUAUUAAUGAUUCACCACCAACUACAGAUAACGGAGCCAGAGAUUGUUUAUCUGGAUGAGAUGUCAGCAGGAGUUGAUCUUGGAGCACAGCGCUUUCUGUGGAAUAAGCUGAUUCACCGCCCAGCGGGACAAACGAUUAUCACCACUACACACUUUAUGGACCACAGGGUGGAGACACUGUAGACUGACACCACGAAUAUCUAUCACCAUAGGGAUACACAUUCGCUCCUGUUGUAUCACACUGACCCCACGAAUAUCUGUCAACAUAGAGAUAGACCUUCAUCGCCCUCGCUGUUGUAUCACACCGACCCCACGAAUAUCUGUCAACAUAGAGAUAGACCUUCGCUCCUGUUGCAUCUCCUGAUCAGGAUCGAGUAGACACAAAUAUCAACAUACAUAGAGAUAGAUACAUUUACAUCUUCAGUUCAACUUCAUAGUCAGAGUCACGCUUUUUAGAACGUCGGUAUGGUGAGUGUCUGAAUGAGUGCAACCUCUACUCAGGUGUUCCUGGCAAAAUAACCACCACCAGUGUAGAAGAAGCUUUUUCGAUUUCAGGCAAAAAUUCCUCAUCUUCUUUCAUUCUUUCGAUGAUGGAGGCUGAUGCGACCUGCGAUCGUGUUGGGAUUUUGGUUCGUGGGCGGAUCGAGUGCCUUGGCCAGACAGAGGACAUCAAACGCAAAUACGGUUCUGGUUAUCAUCUCGAACUCGUCGUACCUGUGGAAAGUACUUACUACUGCUUUUGAAUAGAGAAACAGUACUAACAGACUCAGGUAAAAGAAGUGUACUGAAGAUAAUGUUGACUAAUUGUAAAUGGUGUUGACCUCUACAUGUACUACUACACCCGUGGUAAAAGAUGAUACCAUUACAGCCUGGCACCUGUGUCGCGUUGUACUCCUAUAUGCAUCUCUUGAACGAAUGAUAGUACUGAGAAAAUAUAUUACCAAUGCUUCUAAAUUUAAAUUAUAACUCAACAAACAAUAACAAACAGGCUCUUCCCAGGAGCAUGAAGAGGUCGGUGAUGAGGCGCAUUCUGUAGUCACAGCGAUGCGACGGUCCAGGAAGUCACGCAACGUAAUACUCAGAUUUUUCUACAUUCACAUGAUCAUGAUGAACUACACAUGGAAGCAGACAAGGAUUCACAUUUUGUGUGCUUUUUACACCCAUCAUCCUCGGAGGCGAGCAGCAGGUGCCUGUGGGGCUCGUUGUGAAGGAUCCAUAACCUAACCUAACCUUCAAGUUGUCAUCAGCUCUGGACGUCGCAUGAAGAGUAGAGAUGGCUACGAAGAUGAUGCUCUAUGGAUUUAUCUAUAACUUGUUGCAACUAGUAGUAAAGCAGGAUAUUGCCAGAGACGUUACUCGCGACUUGUCUUACUUCUAAAAAGGCCAACGUAAAACAGCAGUGCCCAUGCAUAGAAGGAACGAAGGACAUUACAUAGGAUGGGAAUGGGUAAGUUAGUAGAUUAGAAAAGUAAACUGAAUAAAGAAGGAAAAGACAGAAAGCAAGAAGAAAAGGAACAGUCGGUCUAUUGAGGCUGCCAGAGACGCUACUCGUCACGUCGUUAAGCAGUCGGUCUUUUGUACUAACCGCCGUGUCUCUAUUCGGGUCACAACGAAAGGAGGCAGUUGUUACAACUCGUAGCUGCUACGUGAUUCGAAUGAAUGGAGUUAAUUCUACUCGAAGACACAUUGAUAGAUUUGCCAUGAAUUUUAACCAUUUUUGCCCAAUACAAAAAUCAACAGACCGUAGUUGCGGAGAAAGGUUCUGAGGAGAAAAUUACUGCUAUUGCCAACACGAUAAAGACCUCGCUGUGCAGCGGCGUCGGCCUUGCUCAAGCUGAUGUUGUACUACUAGAACAAUUGUCGCUGUCGAAAACGAGCUCGCGACUGACCUUCGAACUCCACCCAAGCCAGAAUUCGAUGCCGCUUGCACCGAUCUUCCGCUGGUGCAUUUAUGAAAGAAAGGACUGAGAGUGAUUCCCUAGUAAUUCUUAAUUAGUGAAGAACGAGAUAGUCCUCCACCACCACCUCCGUGUGCUCGUGCUGCUACUGGUCGUGCUGGUGGGAUUCUGCUAAGUAACAUUGAAGUAAGUGUAAGAACUAGGUGAAGGGACGACCAUAGGAGUAAGUUCCUUUGAUGCUUCGUGCUUCCUCACUGCAAUUUUUAAAGGGUACUAAGGCGAGUGGCUCCUGCCUAGUCGAACUUAUUAUUUUUUGUCAUAAUAUCAUGUCGGACUACUGUCAUAAUUAUUAUAUCAUGUCCAUGUCCUCUACUACUACUCUAUCCUCAUCUAUAUAGUAGUAGAGGACAUGAUAUAGUAGUAGAGGACGACAUGAUAUAGUAGUAGUGGGAAGAUGUCCUACUACUACUCUACUCUAUCAUGUCCAUGUCCUCUACAACUACUACUCUAUCCGACGAGAGGACAUCUUCAUCUCGGUUUUUUUUUUUCAUUUCUCUCUAAGAUCACGGAUCCGAGAAAAACAAGCAAAUAUCCGAGUUUGCAUUGGGGCAACCAACGCUGGAGCAAGUCUUUCUGCGUUUCGCACGUAUCCAGGAACAAGUGGAGGGAGCCAAAGAAGCUGGACAAAGAAUUUUAUGAAGUCCUGGAGGACGGAUACUAGUAGUACUAGUACUACUACUACUACUACUAAUGGAUUGUUACAGACCCCAUCUGCAUCUGGCGAAGUGCAAAGGGAAGAAAAUUGAUGCAUGAGUUAGCAUCUGCUCUAUUAUACCCCUUGACUGGGUACGCUACUACUACUACUAACACUAUGUAGAAAGUCUUUCUUGAUCUUGCACACAAGGAAGGUCUCUGAAGCUCGUUAUUGAAUUUGCAUCGAGCAUUCUUCCUUCGUGUUCUCUCUGCUUCAAGUUCAAAGCUUAUGACAUAAUCAAGACGUUUCAAGAAUAUUUCGACAUGACCAUCCAUCAGGCUCUAAAGUGUGGUCUACAUGGGAAAGACCCGGCGGACGCGGAGGUGGGAAAUUUGCUGCCCCUCUAAGAGGUUUUGGAUGAUGGACUUGGAAUUUGGAAGAGAAUUAUUUGGAUUUGGUGGAACUAUAGAAUUCUUAAUUCAUUCAUUAUUUAAUAACUGGAUGGACAGGUUGUAGGAACGUCAUUAUAACUGCAGUAGCCCAUUGAUUAAUAGGUAGAAACAUCGUAAUAGUGACUACAGUGGCUGUACUAAUCAAUCGCAUGAUUUGGACGUUGGUAGUUGCAAGAUGAAUUCAUUAGAAGGUCGUUCGUUGUACAGAAAAGCAUGAUAUGCACAGAGGUGUCGAGUGUCUUGUAUUGUGGCACAAUGAAAGCAAAAAACGUUACUCCAAGCACUCUCAGUUUCGGGUUCGUUGUCGGUACUAUUCCUUGUAGAGGAUAAGAACAUCAAGAUCUUGAAAUCAUGCAUGCAUUCAUAGUAAUUUAUCAAUUUUGGAUAUGAAAUGUCAUUAAAUAAUAGAAAGGUCGUAGUGCUCAUUCGUAUUUAUACCUACGCGUGUUAAUUAUUACUGCUAGUACGCAAAGGUUCGUUGUAUAUAGAGAUUAGUCAGUCAGGCGAUAAGAUCACUAUGUUGUCGUAGGUACUACAUGUUUUGAUCAUCGAGGAGAUAGACCGACGUAGAGCACAACCUCAACAUACUCACUGACUUACAUAUUAGCAGAACCUUAAGCACACGGACAAAGCAAAAUAGCUUCGAAAAAGUUGCCCACAUAUUUGACUUCGUAGUAGAAAAGGAAAAGGAUAGACAUCAUAAACAUAUAAAUAAUUGCUCAUAAUCGAAUAUAAUCUAUCACGAUGAGACUCUGUAACUGUAGUUGUUAACGCUAAGAAACAGUUGAUCGCCCGAUGAUGUGAAGAGGCGUGUACGUUAUUUCUCGCACGAAUAUUUAGCACGACUCACUACGACUAUUACUCAUGAAAGAGCCAUAAAAAUGUAAAAAUUGACAUUUAAUAUUCUUGUUGUACUUGUAGUAACAAAAUCUGAAUUUCUUGACUUGAAAAUUUGAAAAUAUUCACAUCAUAUUGAAUUUGAAGAACUCAAAUGGAAGCACAUCGAUGAUCAAAGCUCAACAUAUUUAUCAUGUAAAUGUUCCGGUAAGUAAAAAGGGUAAUUAGUUAGUUGAAAUUGGAAAACUAAACAUGAUCACAUAUUCAGUCAGUGAUGUUGUCAGACGCAGUAGAUUUGCAGCAGUACCUACUAGUAACGAACGAUGUUCAUGUUCGUGUAGAAGAGAUUGAUAAGCACGACCACGAUAUUCCAUGAAUGUAUUAUUUGGUUUUAGUUACAACUACGGUGUACAAAGAAUAUUAAGACCUGUAGAGAAGAGUUUGCCAGCUAGUCAAAAAGAUGUUGUUUUCAAAUGAUGAAGUAUUGUCUUCUCUAUACAGCUGAGCGUUCGCAAAUCUGCUUAUCUUGGUGUGCAUAGAGACGAACUGGAACAAGGAGAACAAGGCGCACACUCAAUUAUGAAGUCUUUCGUUCGAACAAUCCGAGUUUGAAGGGUCCAACUUGUUGCAUACAAAAGAAUGAACAACUUGAAGAUGCUUGGCAGUGAUCGGUCUAGUGUAGCUUACAAACUAGAACAUAGCGUAGCGUCACCAGCUCUAGGUCGCAGUCUUGUUCGUUGGCUCUUCAGUAGCCAAUUACGUCCGCUAGUUUUCCUAGUGGGCCCACACCUAACGUGACCUAGAAUAUUGAUUGAUAUGGUGGAGCCACGAGUUACCGCUGUUAGCCUUGAACAAGACACUGCAUCCUAUGAUCAGGUACAUGCUAUGUUGACGAAGAAUGUAUCUAUCCUUGCAAUACGACUGAAAAAUAAAGUCCGACUAAAAUGCUACUGUACCACGGUGAUGAUUAUCAUUCAGGCACAAACUGAAACUCAAUCUGUUGUACAUUAAAAUAGGGAAAUGGAUGAAUCUAAAAAAGGACAUUUUCUGACUGUGAGCAGUCUCUUCUGACUGUGGGCCGUCUUUAAU